CAUAGACCACGCCUCUCCUGCUCCCGAGUUUGCUUUUCCUUCCCGUUCCCAGCAGUGGGAGGAGUACCGGGCAGUCCUGUUUGGUGGUCUGUUUUUGCUCUAGGGUGGUUGAGCAGGCACGCCAUGGCCGGCAAAGAGCAGGGUGAACUCCUAAAAGCCCGGAACCGUACUCUGAGCGCUUUCCGCGAAGGUAUAUUUACUUAAUUUUAGGCUCUCCCUGUCUCCCAAGUCUGGGUUUUUUCGGUACGGAAAGUGAGAGCGGAACUCUUUCGCCGGGCGAGUCGGUUGCGCCCGGAUACUUAUCAGCGACGUACGGCUGGGCUAUGGGGGACUGGAAUAGGAGGCGCGCCGAAGCGGUGGAGGAAAACGGGGGCUAGCAAAGGAAGGGCACGACGCGAUGCUUAUUAUUUUCGUCUAGCUUUACUACGAGGGCUCUCCUUAGGCGGGGCGGGGGCAUUUAAGGGAAAGGGGAGAGGCUAAAGAAGUGGGGCAGCGUUGUGUAGUGGCUAGACCCACCAGGGUGGGGAGCCUAGUGCCCUCCAAAUGUUGAAUUGCUGGUUUAAUUGUCUCUAGCUUUUGGGAAAUGGCGGGGGUGUCCUAAAGCAUGUGGAAGGCCACAAGUGGGCUAGAGCAGGCAAAGGCAAACUCAGCCCUCCAGAUGUUUUGGGACUGCAACUCCCAUCACCCCUAGCUAACAGGACCAGCUAACAUGGAUGAUGGGAGUUGUAGUCCCAAAACAUCUGGAGGGCCGAGUUUGCCUAUGCCUGGGCUAGAGUGUUAAUCUAACGGGAAUCCCCACCUCCUCAGGCCUCACUGUGUGAUCUUGAGCUAGUUUCUCUCUGUGUUACCUACACACAAGUCUUACUUUAAAUGAAGUUUGCUGGGGUGUUGCAAGGAUAAAACGUACUAAGGCAAACUUGCCCAGUGUUCGUUUUUUGAGCUUGGAGGAAAGGUAGGAGAUAAAUUGAGGUGCUGGGGAAGUUUCUCAGGUCACAUGGAUUUUGAAGUGAAGGUUUUGGAAUUGUAUGGCCGUCUUGUCAGGGUAGGAGCUUUCAUAGUCAAAAUAUGUGAGUCAGGUAGGGAGAAGGACAACAGCUCAGUGAGAGAGCUUAUUCUUGGCAUGCAGAAGAUCCCAGUCUCAUCACCAUUUAAAAAGAUUUCAGGCAGCAAGUGCUGGAUGGGACCCUCAGCCUGAGCUUCUGGGGAGCUGCUGCUAGUUGAGAGCUAUCUGGGCAGGUUUAAGGAAACAUGUUAUUUCCUUUCCUAUGGGUUUAAUAAGACUGUCCACUUGAUUGAUUGAUUGAUUGAUUGAUUGCAUUUGUAUCCCACCUUUUCUCCAAUGAGCUCCAAGUGGUGUACAUGGUUCUAGCCAUCCUCAUUUAAUCUCCACAACAACCCUGUGUUGUAACAAAUGCAAGACCAGACUAUUGCCAUCUUGUUGCAGGCUGACACCAUAAUCCCAUACCCUUCAGCAUUGCUCUGAUGAAAAUAGGGAUGUCCUAUUCAAUAAUAAUAAUAUUGUGCGCCUUCCAACAUAUAGAAAAACAUAAUCAAACAUUAAGCAUUAAAAUACUUCCCUAUACAUGGCUGCCUUCAGAUGUCUUCUAAAGGUUGUGUAGUUACUUAUUUCCUUGGCUCAGGGGUUGCAUGACUCCAUACCUUCCAACAGUGCUUUUUUUCUGGGGGGAUGCAGGGGUACACAUACCCCUAAACAUUUUGUGAAUCUUUGUACUUUUGUCCAUUUACUUUAUUUAUUUUUCCCAAUUUGAGCUAUAAAAUGGUGAUUUUCUUGAGUCAAAAUGAGAGUACCCCUAAACAUUUUUUUUAGAAAAAAAGCACUGCCCUCCAACAUUUCUCCAGUACAAAUUGGACGUCCUACCAUACCCUCCAGCGUUUCUUCGAUGAAAGUAGGUACGUCCUAAGGAAAAGGGGGGCAUUCUAGGAUCAAAUCAGAAACCAGGAUAACUUCUGUAAAUCUGGGAUUGUCCCUGGAAAAUAGGGACACGGAGUGUCUGUAAUCCUGUAUUCCCAUUGAAAUGAUGCUGAAAUGCAAGCUUAAGAGAGGAAGAACAAACCGCAAGAGGGUGUGUAAAGGGAAGUUUUGGAAGCAUGCUAGGCCAUGACCUUUAAACAGAGUAAACAGGAAAAUGCUUAUUAGUUGAGGUGUGGAUACAUCUGUCUGCAGUAAAGCUGAAGUUAGGUUGGUGUCUUGCAUGACUAACCUAUAUCACUAUAAAAACUGAGUAAACAGAGAUCAGGGUUUAGCCUCUGAUCACUACACUUUCCUGCUUGAGCAAGAAAUAAAACUUUGCUUUUAGAGAAUUUCCGGGUGUCACAUGUCAUUGCUAGUGAGUAAAGGACUCAGUUGUGCAAUGGACCUUAGGUGGGGUUUUCCCACAUCAAUUUUAAGAUGGGGAAGGCUGAGAGGCAGUGAUUGGCCCAAGUUCACCCAGUGAGCUUGGAUUUGAUCCCUGGUCUCCCAGGGCUUCAUCUAAUACAGUACUCUAACCCAGCCUUUCUCUACCUUGGGUCUCUAGAUCUUGUUGGACUACAACUCCCAUCAUUUCUUGCCAGUCGUCAGGGAUUAUGGGGGUUGUAGUUUGAGAACAUCUGGGGAUUCAAGGUUUAAAAAGGCUUCUCUAACCACCAUACGGAACCACACCUCUCUCUUCCUCAGAAGGUACACAGGUGACAAGUGUAUUAUGUGUUGUAGCUAAUACUGGACUUUCCUUGGGAAAUCACUUGUAGCUGGACUUGCCUGCAAAGGGAAUGGAUUUUUGAAGUGUUCCUAGUGUAUACUAAAUUUUGCUGGACUAGAAAAAGCUUAGAAUAACAAAGAGUGGAUAGUGUAGUUGCUUCAUAAAAGUUGUCAGGUGGCAGGGCUGGCCAUAAGGCAGGGUUCCCUCAAUAGUUUUGUAAAAGAAAGACUUUAAAAGGUGCGUAUUUUAACCAUCUCUGCGACACCAUUUACUUAUUUUUGUUGGGUUUUUAAACCACUCCUGAAGGCUUAAGGUGAAAAAUGGCACUUGAAAUGAUGACAGGAAGAACAGUUCUAUAUAAAAUAGACUCAAAAAUUGCUUGGAAACUCUUUUCACCCACUGCAAUUCAAUGUUUAUUCUUUCUCUUUAAAAAAAUGGCUUAUGUUGCUUCUGAAAGAGACUUUUGCCCUGAUCUCUGAAGGAAGGGAGUUCUAAGGCCAAAAAGAGUCUCACUGUGCCUCUUUUGCAAGGGCGCACAAACAAUUGGCUGAUUUUGGAAACAAAACAAAAAUGUUGGGGCACCAGAACCAUUCCUCUCCCCUUUCAGAUCAACCAGUGCAGAGCCACACCAUACAUUAUAAUCAGUGCAAAUCGCAUGACACCCCCAAAUAAUCCUGGGAACUCCAGUUUCCUGUCAUAGAGACCUGAAAGCCUGGCACCUCAUCCUUGGAGGCAACUGCAGCUGAAGAUCAUUAUUUUCUAGCCACUGAUGAAUUUAGAACAUAAGAAGAACCUCCGGAAUCGACAGUGGCCCAUCUAGGCUAAUAUCCUGCUCUUGCUGUGGCCAACCAGAUGCCUAUGGGAAGCCUGCGUGCAGGACCUGAGUUCAACAACCCUAUCCUUGCCUUUGGUUUUUAGAAGCUGGUACAGUGGUACCUCAACAGGGACGCGGGUGGCGCUGUGGGUAAAACCUCAGUGCCUAGGACUUGCUGAUCGUAAGGUCGGCUGUUCGAAUCCCCGCGGCGGGAUGAGCUCCCGUCGUUCGGUCCCAGCUCCUGCCCACCUAGCAGUUUGAAAGCACCCCUAAGUGCAAGUAGAUAAAUAGGUACCGCUUUAUAGCGGGAAGGUAAACGGCGUUUCCGUGUGCGGCACUGGUGAUGGCUCGCCAGUUGCAGCUUCGUCACGCUGGCAAUGUGACCCGGAGGUGUCUUCAGACGGCACCGGCUCCCGGCCUCUUGAGCGAGAUGAGCGCGCAACCCUAGAGUCAGACACGACUGGCCCGUACGGGCAGGGGUACCUUUACCUUUACAGUGGUACCUCGGGUUAAGUACUUAAUUCGUUCCAGAUGUCUGUACUUAACCUGAAACUGUUCUUAACCUGAAGCACCACUUUAGCUAAUGGGGCCUCCUGCUGCUGCUUCUGCUGCUGCUGCCGUGGCCGCGCCGCCGGAGCACAAUUUCUGUUCUCAUCCUGAAGCAAAGUUCUUAACCUGAAGCACUAUUUCUGGGUUAGCGGAGCCUGUAACGUGAAGCAUAUUGUAACCUGAAGCGUAUGUAACCCGAGGUACCACUGUAUUUAGAAGCCUACUGCUCCAACAGUGGAGGAGAAUAUAGGCAUUGGGGUUGAUAGCUUUAUGUUUGAGGAAUUUGUCUAAUUUGUAUAUCACAUAUUGUGAAAGCAAAUUCCAUAGUUCAGCUUUAUUCUGUUAUGAAUCUCCUGCUGUUCGGCUUCAUUGGAUGAAUCUGGAGUCUAAUAUUACGAGGGGGGGGGUGUCUCUGUUCCCCUUGUCCAUACCACAUAUAAUUUGCAUGGUUCCCCCAUCUUACUUGUUUUCCUUUUGUAUGUGAAAAAGCACCAAGAAAUUGCCAGUGGGGUUCAGGGAAGGAGAAAGUUAAAUGCAGCCCAAACUUUUUAAGGCAGAAGUAGCCAUUCUGGGAUUGCGACUACUUUUACCUGUCGUUUCUUGUACUGUAUUGUUAUUUUUUCCGGGGUUCGGCUAACCAUGGCCUUGAUUAACCCUUUGUGAAUGUCUUGAUUCUGUUUCCGUGGGAAAUGUAUUUAAUCUCUGGAAAACAAAAGCCAAAUCUCCUGAUCCAGAAUGGUGUAUGAGUUACUGCCACGUUCCCAUUCUGGCAGAGAGCUGCCUGCAGAUGGUUUUGUCAGUUUGGAACAGAGCACCUUCCAUUCGGCAGAAGACCUGAUGACAGAUGGAGUCACCUAGUUACACAAAAGUCUACAGUGAAAUGUUAUCACAAGGGAUGUCCAGACACAAUGUAAAUGUCACUGAACGAAACUUGGAUGCUAAUGCUCUGGCGAAGCAUGCAUUCAUUGGGUUUUUUUAAAAGUGAGGUUUGCGGGAACCUGAAUGAAAUUUGCUGGCUCGUUCUUAAAACUGUUUCAUAAAGUGCUUGGGCAGGCUAUCGGGUUGCCCCAACAGAGGAAUGUCAACUUGAACGUACAGAAAAGUUGAGGUUAAUCUUGAAUAUCUGUUGUGCUUUUCUGUUGCCUGUUUCUCUGUUGCCUGGAUCACUGGAGAGUAGGGAGAAGAUGUGUGUGUUGUACAUUGAUACAGUUAUGAAAUUUUAUGCAUAAUGAACACAGUAAAGAUAUUAAUGCAAAAAAGGAAAACUUAGCAUUAAAAACUUUUCACACAAUAAAAACAUCACAAAUGUACAGUGGUACCUUGGGUUACAUACGCUUCAGGUUACAUACGCUUCAGGUUACAAACUCUGCUAACCCAGAAAUACUGCUUCAGGUUAAGAACUUUGCUUCAGGGUGAGAACAGAAAUCGUGCUCCGGCGGUGCGGCAGCAGGAGGAGGCCCCAUUAGCUAAAGUGGUGUUUCAGGUUAAGAACAGCUUCAGGUUAAGAACGGACCUCUGGAAUGAAUUAAGUAUUUAACCCGAGGUACCACUGUAUUAGGAUUGUACUGCACAUACCUUCCUAUGAGGAGGUCCAUUCUACCUGAUGUUGGCCUUGGGCUUUUAGUGCGGUGACACCUGCCCAUUAGAACCCCCCUCCCAUUAUACAUUAUUUACUAAAGUAUUACUUAUUAAUACAUCAGAUAGGCACCUUUUCUAUUGCUUCCAGCACUUGCUAAACACAGUCCUCUUUCAACAAGUUCUCUCAAUGCAAAUCCUUAUUCCAGUUGGUGUCUGUAUGGGAUUCAAAUUGAUUUUAGUAUCAUCGCUAGCAACCCUUAGAUACCAGGUGGCGAUGAUAUUAUUUAGCCAGAGAUUUUGGUCUUAAUUGUUGUUGAUCUUUUAGUUGGGUGGGUUAAGUUGUGUCUUUUUAAAGUUAUUUUAGUGCAAGCAUUUUUAGUUAAUGGUUUUUUUUAAAAAAAAUGGUAUUGUCUCAAAAAAACAACAACAACCAGCUUUGAGAUAAUUUUUUGUGGUAGGCAAAAAAUUAAAUAUAAUAAAUAAUAAUAUACAGUAACUUCCCUGCUCAUUAAAUAGACUAUGUCAUCUGAACUCCCAGAAAACAAAUCAGGAUGAAUGCUCAAUAAACAUGAUGUCUGGAAGUACCCACAAAAAGGGAUUUGGGGCGGGGGAAUGAGGAAGCAAAUUUGGCUGAUACUUCUUGAAACAAAUAAGAUAAUGAUAAAACAUUAUACUGUUCCCUCUCUGUGGUCUGUGGCUUCUAGAAGUUUGUGCUUAGCUCAACUCACUUCUGAUGCUGUACGCUGAGGAAAUGGGGAGUUUGGGUGACUGACCAUGGGAAGAGAUUUAGCUUCAGCUUUGCUCAUCUGUGUGCCCUUUUGAAAUUAAAAUCAAGGCACACCCCUAUCCCUGCCCUGCAUUAUAUGGGGCAGACGCAUAAUUAAAUGAUCUUGCACUUGUCUACCCAAAUGUAAGUCUCACAGAAUUCGUUGGAGGUUACUCCCCAGUAAAUGGAUGUAGGAUUUCCGCCUAAAUCUCUGGUUUAGUUCUUCCUUCAUUGCUGCCUCUGUAAAUCACCUUUCUGCCAAAAAGUUCGUGGUGGUACAUGUGUAUAUUUCAAGUGCGGCUGCCACUGUUGUGUCUAGUUUGUCACUAACUCAGGAAAAUAGCAAAAUGUUGAUACCGUUCAACUGAUGUAACUUGGAUAUGCAAGCCUCUCUGUUCCUACACCUACAUUUCUCUGAACAACGCAGCUCAUCACCAGUGGAUUAUCACAGUGUGAAGCAAUCGUGUUCAGCAUAUGGAACAAAAGCAGUCAACACAGUUUACGGAAUCGGAACGAUAAAUCACCUUGACAGUUAAGUUAAUUUCAGUGGUCUCUUUUCUGUGCUCAGACUGCCACAGUAAAAAAAAAGAGUGCCUGGUUUGGUAAUAUAUUUGUCAGUAUUUUCCAUGAGUUACUGACCCUUCUCCUGAGGUCAGACUACAUAUGUUAAUGAUAAUUAUCACUGGUCAGUGAAGUAGCAGCAGGGGUCAAGAGGGUUGGCGAUGUGCAGGACAGACAGAAACAGGAUUUGGACUUUGACAUGUCCGGAAGGAGAAGGGCGCUCUGUCUCUCACACUCACACACACACACACAAACAAACACAAACACACACACACUGUCUUCUUGCUCUAAGUCACUCCCUGAGAAACUGUUUGCCUCAAAGGUGCAGUUUGCUCUAAAAAGCAGCAUACAGAGAAAACAACCCAAAUAGCAGCACACAGAGAAAACAAUCAGGGAACUGGGAGCAGGAGGGAGAAGAGAACGUGUCAACUGUGUCAUACUACAGUGGUACCUCGGGUUACAGACGCUUCAGGUUACAUACACUUCAGGUUACAGAUUCCAUUAACCCAGAAAUAGUACCUCGGGUUAAGAACUUUGCUUCAGGAUGAGAACAGAAAUCGUGCUCCGGCAGCAGCGGGAGGCCCCAUUAGCUAAAGUGGUGCUUCAGGUUAAGAACAGUUUCAGGUUAACAACGGACCUCCGAAACGAAUUAAGUACUUAACCACUGUACCACUGUAUUUAUUAAUGAGCUCCCUUAGGACAUUAUCCACUCCAUAAUUCUGAUUCCAUGGAGAGAGUGGGACCUGCCUGCUGGCCUCACCCUCACCAUUGCAUCCCCUUUUUGACUCACCAUUGCACUAUCGAUACAUUGAGGUAAUGUCCACUGUAAUGUCAAUUCCAGGAGGAAUGGACACUGCAAGAGGCAGUUCUGGGAGGGGAGAAGCCAAGGUAGCUGGUUUCUAUCAGCUUCUCCAUCCCUCCUCUGCAUCUGAGGUGGGUAAAGGUAAAGGACCCCUGGACGGUUAAGUCCAGUCAAAGGCAACUAUGGGGUUGCGGCGCUCAUCUCGCUUUCAGGCCAAGGGAGCCACCGUUGUCCACAGACAGCUUUCCCGGAUCAUGUGGCCAGCAUGACUAAACCACUUCUGGCACAACAGAACACCAUGACGGAAGCCAGAGCGCAUGGAAAUGCCAUUUACCUUCCCGUCAUGGCGGUACCUAUUUAUCUACUUUCACUGGUGUGCUUUCAAACUGUUAGGUUGGCAGGAGCUGGGACAAAGCAACAGGAGCUCACUCUGUCGCAGGGAUUCAAACCACCAACCUUCCAAUCAGUAAGCCCAAGAGGCUCAGUGGUUUAGACCACAGCGCCACCCAGGCCAAGAUGUCCCACCUCUGUGCCUGUAGCGGACAGUGCUCUAGAGAGGGCCAUCCUGUCUCGCCUGCUCCUCUGAAGUGGCCUGGUUUGUGGAGAGGGGCAUCCUGUCUCGCCUUUCUGCCUGAAGCAGCCCAGUGGGCAGAGCAGGCCGCAGUGUCUCACCUCAUCCUUUAAGGCAGCCUUGUGUUAGGGGGUUCUUUGCUUUGACUUGAGACCACUUCAGACAGUGUGUUCAUAUUUCUCUGUCCGAUUACACAAUAGGUAAGCUGUUCCAGUGAGGGUUUUGUGGGUCUUUUGGUCUUCAUUACAGGUGAGUCAGCUUGGCAUGAUGUGGCAGAAAGGGGGGGAAAUUGCACUUCUUCGUGCACAAUUGGGGCAGCGCCAUUAGCUGACAAGGUGAUUAAUCUCGCUGCCAGAAGAUUUGCAUUGCAAAGUGGCUCUUAAUUGAGGUUCCGUCCAAUUGUCUGUUGACCUAGGGGCUUGUCAAUGAUGAAGUAUUAGAACCUCUGUUAGUGGAGCAGCGACCCCAAUCCUAUGGGGUUUUUCAGGGUGUGUGUGGCUUGUUUUCCUUAGGAAAACAUCUCUAAAAAGUGUCUCUUUGGGUGAGGAAGACACUGUGUCCAGACCCCACCUACCUCUAGUAAUACUGUGUUUCUUGUCUGUUUGAUGUUGUAGUUGAACAAUAUCAAUACAAAAUGACUUUGGAGAACAGAUUUGCCAAUGUAGUCAAGUCAUUCAAAUCAAAAGUGGGGUGAUAUAGUGCCUUUUCUUGUCUUGCGAUGUCACACUAAGCUGUGACAGACUCCAUCUCUAGUGAGGGGAGCUGGGUAAUGUGAUAGUGCCUAACAGUGUCUUUAAAAUCUAUAACUCUUGCUGUUAUCAAUGCAGAAAAUGUUUGGAAUUAACUCACAGCGGUAGUGUUUGUUUUUAUCUUUAUGUAUUUCUGUUUUUUAUGUAUUUAGAUGCAGAACAGGAAUGGAGAGCCCCUUUCUACUUCAUUCAAGGAGCGGAUCCUCAGUUUGGAUUGAUGAAAGCGUAUUCAAUUGGCGACUGUGACCAUGGAGGCGACGAAUGGGAAGAGGAGCUCAAACUAACACAGCAAGCAGUGCAAGCGAUUAACCAGCUGAACCCCAAACCGAAAUUCUUCGUACUCUGCGGAGAUCUCAUACAUGGCAUGCCAGGUAGGAUAGUUUUAAAAGAGAAAGAAACUGUUCCUGCUGGCACAUUCCUCCAGAAUUUGCUGGACUACUACAACGCCCAUAAUUCCAGAUAGUUGCCCUUUUUUGGCAGGGGGCUGUCAGGAACUGGAGUCCAGCAAGAACUCCCUGCAAGCAGAGGUUGGGCAGGAGUCACCCCAGCUUCUAAAAACUGUGUUUAUUCAAACAGGCCUUUCAAAGCUGGGAUUCUCUGCCAACCAGCUCUCCCUGAUGUGCUUGAUGCUUUUAUUGUAACGGUGUGUUUUGGCUCGUGACAUUUUGUAUGGAAGUGUAAUUUAUAAAUAGUUUAAAUAAACACAAGAUCUGGAGGGUCACAGGCUUCCCACCCCUGCUGUAGUCUAACGAAAUGCAGGUGCUGCCUUAUACUGAAUCAGACCCAUUGGUCCAUAGCUUGCUCAAUAUCGUCUACACUGGCUAUCAGCAGCUCUCCAGGAUUGCAGGCAGGGGUUUCUCCCAGCCCUCCCUGGAGAUGCUGGGAAGGGAACCUGGGACCUCCUGAUCUGUAGUUGUUACCUAAGAAAGGAAGCUCUUCCUUCUGAAUGUCUCCUUGCACUGUGAUGGGCAGCAGGUGGCCUGUGGGCUCUACCCGUCUUCCAACACCACAUCUGGGUGAAGUAAUCUUGUUAGCGAAAUCAAAAGCCCGGCUUCCAUUGAAAAAUGAAAUGCUAAGCUUCUCUCUCCCUCUCAUGCUUAUCGUAAUAGAUUUAGAAAGUAUAACAAUCAAAGACUAGCAACAAAGGCAUUAGGUGAGAAGAAGCUUUGAAUUUGUACUGGAGCAAUGUUGGUUCUGUUUCACAAGAACUUCUUUUUUUCUGUUUAAUGCCUCCCCCCUUCCUUCCUCCACCCCCCCCCCAUCAACUCUUCAAAAUAUGCUGAGUGCUAUUACCACUGGUUUGGCACCUCUCAGAUCUUUUUUUAUUUUUUAAUUCCUCACUUCUUUUUUAGUGCUGGGAAAUAAUGAUGAUAAACCAGAGAUCUGCAACCAAUAUAUUUAUUUCUGAGGUGUGUCUCUAUACUGCUCCUUAACUUUUUAAAAAAUAUAUAUAUCUUUAUUAAUUUAAAAUAAAUACAUUUAUAAGAAAACAGAUGUACAUACAAGUAAACAAACAUACAAUCAAACGAACGAACAAAUAAAAGAAAAAUCAAACAAACCACCACACUAUAAGAUACAAGAAGAUUAAUAUAAUUAUCAUCAUAUAUACUCCUGAUACUGAACACAAUUAUAAAAUUUAUAGAGAAGAAAUUUAAAACUGACUUCCAAUAAAUCUCACUGUACUUUAUCUAUCCGUUACUUAAUACCGCACAGUUACGUAUUUCUUAUAUAGAACUUAUAUUUCUACAAUACUGCUCUUUAACUUAUAAAAAUUCAAAACCCCGUUUCUCAGGAUGCCUACAACUGGCAGACUAUGCUUUGAAGGGAGGCCUCAUAGCAAGGGUGGAGAACCUUUGGGCUAGAUGCCCCUUCAGGGCUGACCAUUGGCCAUGAUAGCUGAGGCUGAUGAGAACUGAAGUCCAACCACCUCUGGAAGGCUGCAGGCGCCCCUUCUCUCCCUUGUAACCAGGACGCCUUCGCUGAAGGGAGGCAGGACUGAGAUGGUUUGGAGAGAGCAUGCCUGUACAUGGCUCAUUCUAGGUCUGAUAAACCAUGAGUUACUGGACCAAGGUGGCUAUGUCUGAACCAGCCCUUUUGUAUCACCUUGUGCAAAUAUCUGUCUCUUGGCCCUGGGUGGUAUGGAGAGAGCUCCCUGGAGAAGUGGGAGAAGGAUAAAAACAGGAUGCGGAAAUAGUCUUUUUCUCCAGUUACCUUGCCACUGGUCUUCCUUUUCCUUGACCUCCUUCCUUCCUUCCUUCCUAACUUACCUUCCCAUUGGGCGUCUCAGCUUUCUGGCUUACCCAACACCCCUUCUCUCUCUUACCUCUUUAUUUCUUGACAGCACCACUAAGUAAUUUAUUUCUCUGUCUCCAAACUGAUCUUCCCCUUUCCCACAAGAGCUGCUCACCCACUCCCCCUUGGUGUCUGAUAUGCUCAUGAACUUUCCAUGACAUGAGUAGCAGUUCAGCCCAGAGGCUUUGUCUCGCAGGCGUUCGGCUGUCUCUGACAAAGGCAGCCCUCGAUUUUCACUUCGUCUCUCUCCCUGCUCCUUUCCAUAAUAAUCUUCCAUAUGGCUCACCUGUUGCUUACAAUGGGACAUAAAAAACCAACAACAUAUUAAUAUAAUGAUUCCUUGAAGCAAAUGGUUCUUUUUCUAUAUGUGGGCAAAUUGCCUUCAACCUCUCUGUCUUAUUGAAACGUCACCCCAGCACCUUACAAAUUGCUCAUGUUCCGUGACGAGAUCUACACAGAGAUGCAUCGUUAUGAGUUUCCAAAGUGUCAGUUGCUUAUUUCAUCCAGAAAAUAAGCAGUCGUCACUGUAUGGAACUGGCAUUAGGGGUGUGGGAGGUGUUCGAUUCAGUUCACAUUUAAAGGCGAGCUCAAAUAAUUUGCACUUUGAAACACGACGCAAACUGAAAUGCAGCCUUCAUUGAAAUUUGCAUGUCUCUGAAUUUUUCAGUGCGGUUCUGCAGCCGAGUAAUGUGUGCAGAAAAGCAUAUAUAUUAGUGCAAAUAACCUAGAAACAUGCAUUAUAGUGGAGAAAACUGCUUUGCAAAAAUGUACAUAUGAGGGAAAACUGAACAUAAAAUGCAGUUAGGCGAAAUGAGCACUAAAAUGCUGAUGAAUUUCCACACUGGCUUUUUAAAAAAUUACAAUUGAUGUGGAGAAGUGAACAUGAGAGUGAAAAAAAAUGAGAAACUGAGGGAAACUGAAAUGGACAGAUUCUCCUGUUCUUAACUGACAUGCAUAGGAUGUAUUUACAUUAAGGCUUAACUGUCAUCUCUUUCUCUGCAUUCAAACUGAGGUCUCUUUUUCCCAGAGGAGCUCCCAACAUGCUUCUCUCUAGCACCUGAACUAUAGUUUAGCGUCAGAUGGUUAAGCCUCAGGCUUGUGAGUCCUCCCUCUUCUCUGUCACAGCCCCAAGAAAGGAAAUUGGAAACUACAAUUCCCAGGGUUCCUUUGGAAGGAGGGGUUGAUUGUUAAACCACUGGGAAUUACAGCUCUGUGGAGGGAACAAGGGAUCUCCUCACAUCUCUCAGAAUCCUUAAGAAACUACGGUUCCCAGGAUUCUUUGUGGGGAAGGCCAUGCUCAUUUAAAGUCUGAUGCAGGUGGGGCAUUUGAUAUUGCUCCUGUUGUACCAAGUUCUUCAUUGUCAGAGCAAAAGGUUUCUGGAUGAGAUGGCGGAGGGUGAGGAGGAUUUUAGGCUGAUCCAGCAGCGGCAAUUAUUAUGUUCUUUCUAGCCAUGGUGAUUGAAUAGAGCUUCCAGGUUUAGAGACAAUGUACCUUAGGAUACCAGUUGAUGGAGAACAAACCCAGGAAAGAGGGUCGUUUGUCUUUAUGUCUUCGUUGUGGGCUUCCCAGAAGCAACUAGUCAGUUGUUGUGGGGAAUGCGAUGGUGGAUCCGAGAUGGAGCUCUGUUACGGUACAGUAAAGGUAAAGGGACCCCUGACCAUUAGGUCCAGUUGUGGCCGACUCUGGGGUUGUGGCGCUCAUCUCACUUUAUUGGCCAAGGGAGCCGGUGUACAGCUUCUGGGUCAUGUGGCCAGCAUGACUAAGCCACUUCUGGUGAACCAGAGCAGUGCACGGAAACGCCAUUUACCUUCCCGCCGGAGUGGUACCUAUUAUCUACUUGCACUUUGACUUGCUUUCGAACUGCUAGGUUGGCAAGAGCAGGGACCAAGCAACGGGAGCUCACCCCAUCGCGGGGAUUCGAACCGCCGACCUUCUGAUCGGCAAGUCCUAGGCUCUGUGGUUUAACCCACAGCACCACCCGCGUCCUUACGGUACAGUAGGGCUCAGUUAAUGCUCUUAAUGUUACCAUUUCCCAACCUAACCUCUCCUUACAGGGCUGUUAUGGUGAAAAUGGGAGCAUGGAGACAAUGUGUGCCACCUUAAGCUCCUUGGCGGAAAACUGGAAUAUGAAUUUAAUAACUUGAGGGAUUGCCUUAGGAUAUGCCCUCUUGACCGCUUUCAUCUGUGAAAAUGGCACUGUUACAGGCGUCACAUAUACACUGGUUGCUUGUAAGAAAUUGACCUUUUAGCAUGGCAGCAUCUACAGUUUUAGCAUAUUGUAGAUUUGAGUUAUUAUUCCCUUUUAUUCUUGUUUAUAACUGUGUCUUUUACUGAUAACUUUAAAUUUUCAUUAUCCAUCACUUUCAAUAAAAAUAAUAAGAAGCAAAAUGUAUAAGGAGAUUAAUAUAACUAACAGUACAGUGGUACCUCGGGUUAAGAACUUAAUUCGUUCUGGAGGUCCGUUCUUAACCUGAAGCACCACUUUAGCUAAUGGGGCCUCCCAUUGCUGCCACGCUGCUGCUGUGCGAUUUCUGUUCUCAUCCUGAAGCAAAGUUCUUAUCCCGAAGUACUAUUUCAGGGUUAGCAGAGUCUGUAACCUGAAGCGUCUGUAACCUGAGAUACCACUGUAGUUGUAAAUGAAUACAGACAGACAACAAGAAUUGUAUAAACAGGAGGAUUUAUUUAUUUAUGGAUAUACUAUGGGCAAAUAUGGAAAAUGAAUAACAAUAUACAAAAUGGAUGAAAAUAAUGCGAUAAAAUUAUAUGUGAUAUAAAAAACCAGAAGAAGGAAGGAGGGAAGUCAGCGCUUAGGAACAAGUAUAAAUGUAAAAUGCAACACAUUAUGUGUAUGUGGAAUAUGCAGCCGGAAAACUAAUAAAAUUAUUUGGAUAACUUUAAAUUUUGUUUUUGUAAACUGCUUAGAGGUUUUAUUUACAACCAAGCAGCAAAUAAGAUGAGUCAGAUGCUAACUACAUAGGUUAAGAGCAUUUUGAAGCAGGAAGAAUGUAAGGCCAGACUCCUGGAUCAGACCCCAUCUAGUUCAGCAUCCUUUUCUCACAGUGGCUUGUCAGUGGGAACCCUGCAAGGUGGACAUGAACACAACAGCACUCUGCCUACCUGCAGUUCCCUGCAGGUGGUAAUCAGAGGCUUAAUGUCUCUGAUAGUGGAGGUAGAACAUAGCCAUAAGGUUAGUGGCUGUUGAAAGCCUUCUCUUCCGUACGAAGAGGCACUUAGGAAGCUGGCUUAGAUUCAGACCAUGGGGCCAUCCAUCUCAGUACAGUGGUACCUCGGGUUACAUAUGCUUCAGGUUACAUAUGCUACAGGUUACAGACUCCACUAACCCAGAAAUAUUACCUUGGGUUAAGAACUUUGCUUCAGGAUGAGAACAGAAAUCGUGCUUCGGCGGCAGCAGGAGACCCCAUUAGCUAAAGUGGUGCAUCAGAUUAAGAACAGUUUCAGGUUAAGAACAGACCUCCAGAACGAAUUAAGUUCUUAACCCAAGGUACCACUGUACUGUCGACACAAUACUAUCUCCCAGCCCUACCCGGAGAUACCGGGGAUUGAACCCAGGAACUUCUGCUUGCAAGGCAGACACUCUGCUGCUGAGCUAUGACGGCGCAAUGCUUACAGAGAACAAGAAUACAGUGUAAUACUUCCCAUAAUAUUUCAAAAGGGCUGCUCUCUCCUCUCCUCCUUCUCCCCUCGGUUUGCCAAAUGUUACCAAAUAUACAUUUUAGUCGCACAACUUAUAAAACAUUUAAACGGAACAUAUUGAACACAGCCAAGAUCGCUUCUGCGCUGCUUGCCGUGUUUGCUCUGCACUUGUGUAAACAUUGACAGUAGCCCCCUGCGCUGUUUUCGAGCCCUAGCUAGGAAGCGAAAGAACAGCCGCUUCUUCCUCUGGAGGUCUUUUCGCACCUACUUCUACAAACAGUCUUCUGUGCCAUCCGGAUUACUUUGGGGAUAAAUGGCUUUGCACACGGCCAUGCAUUAUUAAAAAGUGUCUUUUUUUAAAAAAAGAAAAGGGAAGAAAGGAAAACUAGCGCUAAUGGCUAGCUAAGUUGUGUCCAAGGAUGUGAAAGCAAGCGGUUAAGUACAGAGUGUCUCAGUUGACUGCAAAUGCCAUCAGUUGUGGAGGAUGACGCAAGACUCAACCCAUGUGGUGUGAAUCCCCAAGAUCUCAGCAAGGACUUAUCAGGGACAGUGACUGGUUCCCUGCAUAGGAACAUAGACAGCUGCCUUAACACUGAAUUUGACAGAUGCUCCACCUAGUUCAGCAUUGUCUAUGCCACGGUUUCCCAAAUGUGGGUCUCCAGCUGUUUUUGGACUACAACUCCCAUCAUCCCUAGCCAGCAGGACCAGUGGUCAGGGAUGAUGGGAACUGUAGUCCAAAAACAGCUGUAGUUUGGGGGACCCUGACCUACACUGACAUGCAGCAACUCUCCAGGGUUUAAGGUGAGGGGUGUUGCCAACCCAACCUUGGAAAUCAGACCUGAGACAUUAGCAGACAUAGUCCUUCCCACCUCUAUAGAAGCCCAGCCCCGGGCUUAGUGGGAGAAUAUUUGCUUGAUCUUAUAUUAUUAAUAGGGACGCGGGUGGCGCUGUGGGUUAAACCACAGAGCCUAGGACUUGCCGAUCGGAAGGUUGGCAGUUCAAAUCCCCAUGACAGGGUGAGCUCCUGUUGCUCAGUCCCUGCUCCUGCCAACCUAGCAGUUUGAAAGCACGUCAAAGUGCAAAUAGAUAAAUAGGUACCGCUACCUAUUUAAGGUAAACGGCUGUACGCCGGCUCCCUCGGCCAAUAAAGCGAGAUGAGCGCCGCAACCCCAGAGUCGGCCACGACUGGACCUAAUGGUCAGGGGUCCCUUUACCUUUACUAUAUUAUUCAUGCAUUCAUUUAUUUAUUUAUUUCCUAUACCACCCUUCAUCCAAAGAUCACAGGGAGGUUUACAAUAUGAAAACACAAAAAAUGCAUACCAUAAUAACAAACGGAAACACUAACCUCACAUGCCCACAGUUUAAAAGGCUAUUGAUUGUUUAAUUUGCCAAAGGCCUGGGAGAAUAGGAAUAGUUUUGCCUGACACCUAAAGAUGUGUAACGAAGGGGCCAGGCGAGCUUUCCUGGGGAGAGCAGUCCACAAGUGGGGAGCCACCACAGAAAAGGCCCAUUCUCAUUUUGCCACCACCCAGACCUCUCGUGGAGGAAGCACACAAAGAAGUGCCUCAAAUGAUGCUUGCAGGGUCUGAGUCAGUUCAUAUGGGGAAAGGUGAUCCUUGAAGUAUUGCAGUCCUGAGCCGUUUAAGGCUUUAUAGGUCAAAUCAGCACUUUGAAUAGGGCCCAGAAACUAAUUGGCAGGCAAGUACAGCCAGGCCGGGAUUGGCAUUACAGUGGUACCUCAGGUUAAGAACUUAAUUCAUUCUGGAGGUCCGUUCUUAACCUGAAACUGUUCUUAACCUGAGGUACCACUUUAGCUAAUGGGGCCUCCCACUGCCUCCGUGCGAUUUCUGUUCUCAUCCUGAAACAAAGUUCUUACCCUGAGGUACUAUUUCUGGGAUAGCAGAGUCUGUAACCUGAAGCGUAUGUAACCUGAAGCGUAUGUAACCCGAGGUACCACUGUAUAUAUUCAAAGUGGCUUGCCCUGGUGAGCAACCUGGCCAAUAAAUUCUGCACCAGCUGAAGUUGCUGAACUGUCUUCAGAGGCAGCCCUGUUUGCCUCCUUGCUACAAACAGUAGUGCCAUGUAUAUGGGGAGUUAAGCUAACUCUACUCUCCCGCUUCCUAGGGGGUUAGAUCAGAGUUUAGUAUUUAUACAACUUUGCGUGUGUGUGUCUUGGUUUAGAAUCUCUAGCUUUAAAAAAAAAUAAUAAAAAUAUUUAGUAUUAUUUUAAAUAGUGUUCUUUGUUCAAGGGCUUCCAGAAUUAGAACGAAGCAAUGAUGGGAUGCAAAAAUAAUUCUGCUGCUGAUUGCAAUGAAGAAAAUGACCUGAUUAAGGAAAUUGUCACAGGAAAGCGGGAAUUAAGUCUGUUGUUCUUCUAAGGAUUUGAAUAAAUCUUUUCUCCUGUUUCUUAAUAUAAUAUUUGAGGUUGUGGGGGGAAGGAGGAGAGACACUGACUUUUGGUAAUCCUAAAACACAACCUGCCCCCGCAUAAUCAGUUUUACAAGAUGCAUCCAGUUGUGGUUUCAGGCUACAAAAUUGAUGGCCUCUGAUCUGCAGGCGUUUUGGUUGCUGUCUCCUUGGAGCCAAUGAAUAUACGAAACAAAUUUAUGUGGUGAUAAAUUCAUGCAGCUACAAGACUGGUGCCCAGGUUUUUGGAGUUUGUUUGUUUUUAAAGAGAGAUGGACUAAUUUAGUGUUAUUGUUUUUUAAAUUGCUGUGGUGGUUUAGUGUGCUGAGUUGUUAAGUUCAUAAUACUAGAGCUCGUGGAAAUCCAACAGAGCUCAGUGUUGGAAAAUUCAGGAGGACAUAUAAAAGAAAAUACCUCUUCCCACAGUGCAUAGUUAAACUAUGUAACUCUUUCACACGGGAUGCAGUAAUGACGACCAACUUGGAUGGCUUUAAAAGAGAACUAGACAAAUUCAUAAGGGACGCAGGUGGCGCUGUGGGUUAAACCACAGAGCCUAGGACUUGCCGAUCAGAAGGUCGCCGGUUCGAAUCCCUGCGACGGGGUGAGCUCCCGUUGCUCGGUCCCAGCUCCUGCCAACCUAGCAGUUCGAAAGCACGUCAAAGUGCAAGUAGAUAAAUAGGUACCGCUCCAGCGGGAAGGUAAAUGCGGUUUCCGUGUGCUGCUCUGGUUCGCCAGAAGUGGCUUAGUCAUGCUGGCCACAUGACCCGGAAGCUGUACGCCAGCUCCCUCGGCCAAUAAAGCGAGAUGAGCUCCGCAACCCCAGAGUCGGUCACGACUGGACCUAAUGGCCAGGGGUCCCUUUACCUUUACCUUUUAGACAAAUUCAUAGAUGAAAAGGUUGUCAAUGGCCACUAGCCAUGAUGGCUGUGCUCUGCCUUUACAGUCAGAGGCAGUAUUUUUUCUGAAUAGCAUAGAAUUGUGGGGUUGGAAGGGACCCCCAAGGAUAAUCUAGUCCAACCCCUUGCAAUGCAGGAAUUUCAGCUAUAGCACCCAAGACAGAUGACCAUCCAACCUCUGCUUAAAAACCUCCAAUGAAGGCGAACAAGGACACACAAAAACCCAGGAAUCAGAGACCCGUGUUGCUUCCAGAAACAGGAAUGCUCAAGAGGGAGACCUUAAAUAGUGCAACCUCCUAGGCUACUGGUCUUCAACGGUUGGAUCAGGACCCACCAAUGUGUCAUGCCUUGCUCCAAAGUGGGUUACAACAGGAGCACUUCCGGUAUGCAGAUAUAUGACCAAAGAUUAAGAAAUGGGGGCCCCAGUGUGUGCUAGGGCAAAAAAAGGGGUACUGGGUAUGAAAAGGUUGAAGGGGUUUGUCGGAGACCACACCCCAACUCUGGCUGCUGGUAGUAAAGGAAUUUCAGGGGUUGCUUACUCACAAGCAGCCUGACAAUUCUGGGUCUGUAGACUGAUAAUAAUAAUAAUAAUAAUAAUAAUACUAUAUUUAUGCCCCGCCCAUCUGGCUGGGCUUCCCCAGCCACUCUGGGCGGCUUCCAACAAAAUAUUAAAAUACAGUAAUCCAUCAAACAAGGGACACGGGUGGCGCUGUGGGUUAAACCACAGAGCCUAGGACUUGCCAGUCAGAAGGUCGGCGGUUCAAAUCCCCGUGACUGCAUGAGCUCCUGUUGCUCGGUCCCUGCUCCUGCCAACCUAGCAGUUCGAAAGCAUACCAGUGCAAGUAGAUAAAUAGGUACCGCUCCGGUGGGAAGGUAAACGGUGUUUCCGUGCGCUGCUCUGGUUUGCCAGAAGCGGCUUAGUCAUGCUGGCCACAUGACCUGGAAGCUGUACGCCGGUUCCCUCGGCUAAUAAACCAAGAUGAGCGCCGCAACCCCAAAGUUGGUCACGACUGGACCUUUACCUUUUAAUCCAUCAAAUAUUAAAAGCUUCCCUAAACAGGUCUGCCUUCAGAUGUCUUCUUAAAGUCUGGUAGUUAUUGUUCUCUUUGACAUCUGGUGGGAGGGCGUUCCACAGGGCAGGUACCACUACCAAGAAGGCCCUCUGCCUGGUUCCCUGUAACUUGGCUUCUCGCAGUGAGGGAACCUUCAGAAGGCCCUCGGCGCUGGACCUCAGCUGAACCCAUGCUAUGAUGUUGCUCUUUGGCCUGGUCCUGGACCUUUGGUACCUUUGUCCUUGCCGUGUGGAGUGUCUGGUCUACCCUCUGAGGACUCAGUGCCUGGUUCACCCUCCAAGGCCUCAGGCCCCAGAGAUUGCCAGGGGUUGAGCCUGAGACUUUCUGUAUUCAAAGCAUGUGGUCUGCCUCUGAGUAGUGGUGCCUCCUCUUCGGAGAAGAAUGGCCAAAGCACAGCUGCUGUUGAGCUGCUCUGGUGUCGAGGCCUAGGCACAUGGCGACUUCCUAGGAUUCCAAGAGCCCGGGGGCAAUAAAUAGCAUCCUUAUCAGCUAAACUAGGACGCAAUCAAGCAGAACACUUGGGAGCGCAUUAUGAGCCAUUAAAAGGAAGUAAGUAAUCAGUGGCAAUGUCUUCAGUUAUGUAGAGGGUGAUUAAAAUUGGUUUGUACUUGGGAUCAUUAUUAGUAGUAGUGUGAGAAGCUUUCUUUUUUAUUGUGUGACCAUGUAUAGCGCUACCAAGAACUGUGGAGUUUAAUCAUGCAUUUCAUCAGAUAGAUAUUUGCUGUGUAGAGACUUUGCCAGAAAUACUGAGGUGCAUGCGUCACCCCCACCCCAGAAAAUUAUAGUUUUGUUGUUAGGAGGCCAUGCUGCUGUGGACUGUGUUACAUCAGCAGAAGACAUGAUUGCCAUGUACAUAAUUUCAAUGGGUCAGUCUGCUGUAAAAUGCAUUUACUGCAUUUUGGAAACAGGUGCCAUCUUUUUUCUCUUCCUCUCUGCCCCGCAGUGAACUCAGGGGGAACAUUUUCCUCCGGUUUUUAGAAGCCAGGUUAGCACAGCACUGAUUGGGCAGCUCUUUUGUCAGUCACAAAGUCGCACCCCCUUCCUCAAGGCCAGCAAACUUUUUCAGCAGGGGGCCCGGCCCACCGGCCCUCAGACCUUGUGCGGGGCCGGACUAUGUUUUGAAGGGGGAAAAUGAACGAAUUCCUAUGCCCCACAAAUAACCCAGAAAUGCAUUUUAAAUAAAAGCACACACUCUACUCAUGUAAAAACAUGCUGAGUCCCAGACCGUCUGCAGGCCAGCUUUAGAAAGUGAUUGGGCCGGAUUUGGUCCCCGGGCCUUAGUUUGCCUACCCAUGCUCAAGGCUAUGGCUGACCAUUGUCCCUUCCCUCCCCUACCAGCUUCUAUUAUAUUGAGUGGGCAGUUGGAGAAAUUUUGGUGCCAAUCAUAAAACAUGCAAGGCGUUACAAAACAAAAGAAGACCGCUCACCUGAUUUUUUUGGGGGGGAGGGUAUCAUGGAAUCCCGGAAAUGGUGUGUUAGGGUCAAAAACAUUUUGAGCCCGAACAUUGCAUUGCCUUCCAGGAACAUAAUGUGAGUAGUAUUGGCUUAGACAUUAGAUGAAACAGCAAUACCAGACUCCACCCCGCACAGCCGGGAGUCAUAUCAGGGUUAACAACCAAUGGGAGGAGCUUGUUGAUGCAAAUACAACUGGAAGCUUCCCCGUGAUGUCACUGGGGGUCGUGCCAUGGCCCUAGCCACCAACAGGGCAUUGAACAGGAUCCACGGCUGCCGGAUUCCUUUAAUGGAAUACCCAAAAGAGGAGAGGUAGAUGAUGGCGCAUACCCAAUCCUCCAACACAGCACACCUCCAACAAUGCCUAACUGCCAAUACCAGAAAGUUGUGACGAAUUGCUACGAGGUAGGCGAAAAAACCAAGAGGCUGCCCCAGCGGGAAGCUGCUCCCGCUCAGAACCCCUCCCCUCUGGGAGGAGGAGAGGCCUUUCCAAAAAAAGGAGAACAGAGCUUCACUUUUCUCCGUAUCUAUGGGAGAGUUAUCCCUCUUGCAGUUUACUGGUGCUGUGAAAGUCUGACUAGCUUUUGGAUCUCUAGUUUUAUAAACCAGUAGAUCGAAACCAAUUUUUUUAAAAAAAUGUCUGCAUGAACAGGUUUGCAAAACAUGAUUAAAAUAUUGUACUGGCCUCCUCCUGGAGCAUUAGAAAACAAGCUUAUACCACCUUCCAUGUGACAGCCCUUCAUAUAUUUGAAGAUGGGCUAUCAUAUCACCACUUAGUCUUCUCCAGGCUAAACAUACCCAACUCCCUCAACCAUUCCUCAUAAGGCUUGGUUUCCAGACCCUUUUGUUGUGUAGAUUGCUGGUGUCUGCAUGCCUUCCAGCUUGUCAAUAUACUUCUUAAACUGUGGGGCCCAGAUGUGGACACAGUAUUCCGGGUGAAGUCUGUUGACAGAUUAUGAAAUGGUGGUACAUAAGUACUUGAAGAAGAAGAAGAAGAAGAAGAAGAAGAAGAAGAAGAAGAGUUUGGAUUUGAUAUCCCACUUUAUCACUACCCGAAGGAGUCUCAAAGCGGCUAAUAUUCUCCUUUCCCUUCUUCCUCCACAACAAACACUCUGUGAGGUGAGUGGGGCUGAGAGACUUCAGAGAAGUGUGAAUGGCCCAAGGUCACCCAGCAGCUGCAUGUGGAGGAGCGGGGACGUGAACCCGGUUCACCAGAUUACGAGUCCACUGCUCUUAACCACUACACCAUACUGGCAACAGAGGACCUUGCCUUAACACAGAGGUUGUUGCCUUGGCACUGACUGACAUGGCAGCACUUUCUGUGGCUUGCUGUGUACCACUUAGUGGGCAGAAAGGCAGAUUAGGAAUAUUUAAAAUGCCCAAGCUUUCCCCCAGAGAGCCCACUACAAGGCAUGCUGCAUGGGGCAGAUAACUAAAUUACCUUCCACAAGUUGCUCCAAAUGUUGACAGAUUUUUAAGUAGAUGCUACAAGUGCACGCCACAACCUCCUUCAAGCUUCAUUUAUUGCCCAGUGAACUAUUCUGUAGCCAUUAAUGACCAGGCAAAGUGGUUUUGCCCGCAAUUUUUUUAAAAUGUCCAGCAGACAGAACCACACUGAACUUGAUAUGUACCUGAUAUGAUAAUGGAUGGGUGAGGCCAAGGCCUGCAUCGCUUAACAGUUCCUUUUAGACACAGGCCUCUGGAGCUCAUCGUCAGCAAAUGGAAAAGGCCGCGGCAUAGUCACAGCAGAUUAUUGAUUGUGUUGCCAUUGAAGCAUUGGAGGGUACGAGGAAUGCAAGGCUUGUGAACGCCUGAGGAGAUGUUAGCACCACAUUGCCACCUGCUUUGGGAACACCCAUUGUUUUAAUUAUUGAAACUCAGUCGGAGCCGGUAUGGUGUACAGUAGUAGUAGAUAACGUUGCAUUGGGUUAUUUUAAAAAAAUAUGUUUUGUAUGUUUUGGAUAGUAAUUUAUGUUAUGGAAAUAGUGUUUGUAUCAGGACCAGAAUACACAUCUCUUGUCAGCCAAGAUGUUUGGUGGGUGCUGGAGUUAAUGUCAGCUUUUUUGGCCUGACCUCUCUCAGAGGGUUGUAAGGAGUUUUGUAUGGAGCCUCAAGUUGUUUGGAGCAAGGGCAGAAUAAACAUGUCUCAUGGACAGUCAUACCUCGGGUUACAGACGCUUCAGGUUGUGUUUUUUCGGGUUGUGGACCGCUGAAACCCGAAAAUACCAGAACUGGUUACUUCCGGGUUUUGGCGGUCGCAUAUGCGCAGAAGCUCCGAAUCGCAACAUACGCAGACGCGGGUUGCGAACACUGUGGGUUGCGAACGUGCAUCCCGCACAGAUCACGUUUGCAACCUGAGCUUCCACUGUACCACUUCUCUACACAACCCUUUCUCCUGUUCAUUCCCCCCCCCCGCACGGUUUUUACACGUGCGCACAAGAACUGUUCUUGGAGCAGCCCCCCGCAAAUGGAGACAAUAGGUCAUUUAAGCCUAUUCUAGACAAUGGGAGCAGGAGAGCACUGUUAACGUACCACAAUAGGGGAACUGGGGGAAUCUUGAGCAUGAGACUCAACCUCAUGAAGAUGGGGAGUCAGGUCAUUUAAAAACACACUUAAAACAAAUUGAAGGGGUGGGGGCAAAGUACAGCCCAGUCUAAUACUCCUUAGUACAGUGGUACCUUGGUUCUCAAACAGCUUAGUUGUCAAACAAAUCGACUCCCGAACGCCACAAACCCGGAAGUGAGUGUUCCGGAUUGCGAACGUUCUUCAGAAGCCAAACGUCCGACAUGGCUUCCACUUGAGUGCAAGAAGCUCCUGCAGCCAAUAGGAAGCCGCACCUUGGUUUUCGAACGGUUUUGGGAUUUGAACGGACUCCCAGAACAGGUUAAGUUCGAGAACCAAUGAACCACUGUAGUAGGAAUUAGAGACUUGCUCUUGCUUCCCACAUCUAGCAUGGCUAGAAGUUUAAUUAUAUAAGCAUCUGAUGAGAAACAAUAAGCCUUUAUCCAUGGAAGUUGCAUAUAAUUUACGGUGUAUCAGGAGUAGGACGACUUUUUCAUCCUGGGCUAUUUUCUGAGGGCACAUGGAGGUGGCCAGAGGCAAAAGGGAGCAGAGCAACGUAUGCACAUUUUACCCCUGUACAGUAGGCUACUUUCUACACACACUUACACACCCCUCUUUGUCAUCCGUCCAGGCAAGCAGGAAGUAUUACCAGUUUGAUAAGCGCCCAAGGAGGGUACAAAGCAGGGCUGGUGAGGGAUAUGGCUUGCGGAGGGGGCCAGGUUGAGAGGCCUAGGGGGGCCACAUUUGGCCCCUGGGCCUGAGGUUCCCCAUCCUGGAUUUAGAUGGUAAUUUAUAGGCAGUGAGUGUCAUAUCGGUUCAUGUUUCCUGAUCAUACCUCCCCUGGCGCAUGAAUGUUUAUGUCGGGAGGUGUGCAUGCCUACAUGCGCACAAGUCCCCUUCAACUCUGCGAGGCUUUCUUCUGAGUGGACGUGUGUUGUGUUGUCUAGAAUUGCUCUGGUAGAAAAAGAAAGAAAGGACGUAAUUCAUCUUCUGCAGGUGUAUGUAGUAUAGUUCUGGCACUUGCUUGACUUCCAUCUCCACUAGUGAUUGGAGGGGCGGGGAACUGCCGUUUCUGAAAAUGCAUUGUUUCAUAAAAUAUCAGUGACAUAAUAAAACGGAUACAAUACCUGUCAAAAUUGUAAGGUUUAAAGCUUGUAAUUAAGUUCACCCACCCACCCACUCUCCUUUGGGUGGCCAUCCUUGGGAAGCAUGCAUGUCAGUGUAAUAAAUAUACAUUUGCAGUUCUCUAGGUUGGCUAAAAUUAGCAUUUUUCAGCACCUUCAUUCCCACCUUCCCUUUCAAAGCUUAAAAGAAAAUGUUAAGGUAAAUGUAUUUGAAGCGUGUACACACACACACACACACAAAUAAAUAUUUCAGUAAAAAUGAUUUACAAAUAAACUUUGAGUUUAUUGGAAUGUAACUUUUAAGCCACCUUUAAGCACACACACAUAUGCGUCAACUUCGGUGUCAGUCCUAUUGAAUUCAAUGGCACUUACUCCCAGGUUGGGUAUACAGUGGUACCUCGGGUUACAUACGCUUCAGGUUACAUACGCUUCAGGUUACAGGCUCCGCUAACCCAGAAAUAGUGCUUCAGGUUAAGAACUUUGCUUCAGGAUGAGAACAGAAAUCGUGCUCCAGCGGCGCAGCGGCAGCAGGAGGCCCCAUUAGCUAAAGUGGUAUCUCAGGUUAAGAACAGUUUCAGGUUAAGUACGGACCUCCGGAAUGAAUUAAAUACUUAACCCGAGGUACCACUGUAUGGUUGCAGCUUAAGUGUGCCUUGAUUGAAUUUCUUUUACUUUCAAUGAGUGUUUUAGUUCAAAUACUUCUGGCUUCUAGACUGAGAUGUUUUAUUGUGGUUUUAUAAUUGUUGGAAGCCAUCCAGAGCAGUUGGGGCAACCCAGUCAGAUGGGCAGAACAACAACAACAACAAUUGCUGCACACUAAUAUUAAAAUUGCACACCCCAUAUCUGCAUCAAGUAUUCAUAUUGAUUUUAAUAAUAUGUUAUUGCUUCUUUUAUUCCUUAUGUUGUUUCUUAACGUUCUACAAUUUGAAUUCUGUGGAAUGCAAAUCGUAGUAGAAUAAAACAAAAUACAAGGAACAGAAUAAGCAGUAAAAAUUCAAUUGAAAUUGUACAGCAUCUAGCACAGCACAUUAGAAUUUCUACAAGAGACAGAAAAUUCAACCAGUGAUCUGCCAAGACCCUCAGUAAUUUCCAAGUGGUCUGGGAGGGGGGAUGGAGUUUAGAAACCGCUGCUUUAGGGCAUUGUGUUUUUCCACCCAGGAAAUGCCCUCCGAACCCCAACCCUGUAUCCUAUAUUUCAGCUACUUUGGGAGGCCAUCGCUCAGGGGUAGAGCACAUAUUGUGAUGCGGAAGGUCCCAAGGUUUGAGACCUCCUGCCUGAGAGAUAGCUUUCCACCGUAGAAUGAGAAAUAAGUGGCUACCAAUUAUCCACAGAUGUGAAAUGACCUGACAGAAUUAAGUGUGGGAUCCAUUCUCUUUAUUUCAGGAUUGAAAGGUCAAAUGGAUGAAUGGAUCAAAAGCCAAUAAUCCAUGCUAAUAUAAUUCAUUCAUUCAUUGCCCUUUGCUUAAUACCAGUCAUAAUAUUAAAGCAGGCAAUCAAGAACACAAAGAGAAUAAUGAUUUUGUCCCUCUUCUCAUCUCAGUCUCUAUUAUCAUCCCAUCUCUGUCCCCUGCUCUAUGGCUUGUAAUCCUGGUUACUAUCACAGUUCCACUAUCAGGAACUCAAGUUUGCUUAGCGAGAUCGAGUUUCACCACUGCCCCAUUCCCUCACUAGCAGAAGUGUUAGAAACUCAGAUAUCACCAAAUGGCACCUUAAACUUAGGUUACGGUUGUCACAAUGAAAUGUCUUGUUGUUGUUUAGUCGUUUAGUCGUGUCCGACUCUUCGUGACCCCAUGGACCAGAGCACGCCAGGCACUCCUGUCUUCCACUGCCUCCCACAGUUUGGUCAGACUCAUGCUGGUAGCUUCCAGAACACUAUCCAACCAUCUCGUCCCCUGUCGUCCCCUUCUCCUUGUGCCCUCCAUCUUUCCCAACAUCAGGGUCUUUUCCAGGGAGUCUUCUCUUCUCAUGAGGUGGCCAAAGUAUUGGAGCCUCAGCUUCAGGAUCUGUCCUUCUAGUGAGCACUCAGGGCUGAUUUCCUUUAGAAUGGAUAGGUUUGAUCUUCUUGCAGUCCAUGGGACUCUCAAGAGUCUCCUCCAGCACCAUAAUUCAAAAGCAUCAAUUCUUCGGCGAUCAGCCUUCUUUGUGGUCCAGAUGAAAUGUCUAGGCACCUUCUUUUGCAGUGAAAUUUGUUGUUGUUGUUGUUGUUUUUCGUUUCGUUUCUGUACCACUCUAUAGUUUAAAGGACAAAUCUCAAAGCGGUUUACAACACAUUAAAACAUCAAAUCAAACUAUUCAAGGGAAAUAUGCCAUAUCCUUCUCUAAGUGACAUUUUGCUUUCCCCAGUCACCAACCUGGCAUCCAAAAUGGUCGCAAUUGGACCCAAGCCAGUUGCAAAAUGCACCUGGCGCCUGGCUAAUUUCUAACACUGGCUAGUAGUGGUUCUCCUCUGGAUAGCUGCCAUUUUAAUUUCCCAUAAUGCUACAGACUGGUGCUAAGUUAAGAACAUUGUGUGGGAAUUAAAAUGGCAGCUGCCUUGCUUAAAAAAAAAAAAAAAAGUGACCCAGUACAUUGCGUAUUUUAUUAUUGCAAGCUGUUUCGGGACGUAUCUGAUGAAGAGCAGGAUAUGAAUUGUUAAAGAUAUAAAGAUUCAUCUGCAGUGUUGACAGAUCUGCUUGCUGAGUGUAUCUAAGCCACCCAAGAAGCCUUGUUAGCAAUAGGCACAUUACAAUUUACGCCUUUAUCAAGGCGUGGCAGAUCCCUGCACAGUUAGAUUUUGCACGGCUCCCAUUGUCCAUGUGCUAAGAGCAAAGAAAAUACCUUUUUAAUUAUGAUUGCCACAUUCCUUUAUCAAAGUUGACUCUCUGCGGAAAACACACAUUUGUUGGAAUCGGUUGCCACCGAGCGUUGCUCUGUCCGCGUCUUCCACUUACAAAACCUGCCAAGAUAACUUUCAAGUCCUUAAUUUGCUAACUAUAAUGAGUAUGAUACGGCUCGGUGGAAAUGACACAAAUUGAUAUUUUUUAAGACAUAAAAACUAGUUAAAGGAACAGAAGGCAGACGGGGGGAAUUAUGCCGGAGCUGUCAGAUUUUUAAAAAGCUGCCCAGCCCUGGACAGUCUCAUAACGGAAAACAUGAGAGAUUGUUAUCGAGCAUGACACAUUAUUAGAGCUUCCACGGGUGGGAUGAAGCUCUCCGUUCGGAGGAGCAACGGGCGCUUUUCAGCGAACCUGAAUGUUACAACCAAAUAUUCUUGAACCAAAGGGUUAGUCUAUCGGGGGCAACUAGCCAUGAUGGCUGUACCUCGCCUGCAAAGUCGGAGGCUGCAAUGCUUCUGAAUACCACCUGCUGGAAUCUUGUGUUCAGAUUCAGCUUGCUGGUCUCCUGCAUGUACCGUAUUUUUCACUCUAUAGGAUGCACCGGACCAUAGGAGGGGGAGAACAGGGGAAAAAAAUCUCCCCCUCUCUGCUCAGCGCCCCUUCAGCGAAGCGGCAGGAGAAACGGAGAGGGAAAACUGCAGUGCCUCUCCAGCGAAGCGAAGCCUGGAGAGCGAGAGGGGUCGGUGCACACCGACCCCUCUCGCUCUCCAGGCUUCAGGUGGCUAUCCGCAAGCCUUCGGAGCGCAGCAAAAGCAAUGCAAAGCCUCCGGAGCGUGGGGGGAGCUCUCCCUCUGCGCUUCAGAGGCUUUGCGUUGCUAUCGCUGAAGCCAAGGAACCUGCAUUCGCUCCAUAAGACGCACAAACAUUUCCCCUUAAUUUUUGAAGGGGAAAAAGUGUGUCUUAUAGAGCAAAAAAUACGGUAUCUGGUUGACCACCACAGAAUGCUGGACUAGGUGGGCCAUUGGCCUGAUCCAGCAGGACUCCUCUUAUGUUCUUAACUGUCUGCUGGAACUGGCAGCCUCUCCCUUCCUUAACAUAUCUUAGUCUGUUGGUUUACAUGCAGGGCUUCAUUGCUUCACAGUGCCUUAAGCCUGUAGCUUUCUUUCCUGCCAAGACCGGACAAGCAGGGCCAAAAAACACACUGAUUGUGCCUGCCCGCUUCAGAGGGUUGAAGUUAGAAGCCCUUAAUCCAGUGGUUCCCAUGGAAUUUACUCUCCCAUAGAUUACUUGACCCCUGUCUCCCCUCACAGAGCUACAGUUCCCACAGUGGUUUAACAAUCAAUCCCUCUUCACAAGGAACUCUGGGAAUUGUGGCUUGGGGGGGCAGGUAGGGGCCUCUCCUACACAAAAUAAGCCUAUAUGUAGCUCCAGUGAGGUACGCGGGUGGCGCUGUGGGUUAAACCACAGAGCCUAGGGCUUGCUGAUCAGAAGGUCGGCAGUUUGAAUCCCUGCGACGGGGUGAGCUCCUGUUGCUCGGUCCCUGCUCCUGCCAACCUAGCGGUUCGGAAGCAUGUCAAAGUGCAAGUAGAUAAAUAGGUACCGCUCCGGCAGGAAGGAAGCGGCUUAGUCAUGCUGGCCACAUGACCCGGAAGCUGUACGCCGGCUCCCUCGGCCAAUAAAGCGAGAUGAGCGCUGCAACCCCAGAGUCGGCCACGACUGGACCUAAUGAUCAGGGGUCCCUUUACCUUUACAGCUCCAGUAAAUCCGUAUUUCCCAUCUCCCUACCACCACCACUCCUUUGUUUUGUCUCUCGUGCUGAAUUUUAGAUUGUAAGCUCACUGGGGCAAAAAUCUCUCAUAAUGCAGAAUGCACCACAGGUAGUGAUAGUACUAUAUAAACAACAGGGGGGGGCGUUGCCUGAUAGGUGGGAUAUAUGUAACACAACUGCAUCACCACUCUUCUGUUUAUAAAUUCAUAAACUGAAUAAUGCAUAGAGCAUUUAUAGUGUUGUUUUAUACAUUUAAAUGACCCACUUGCUUGAUAGAUUAAACGCUGCACUCCUGGGGGUCGUUUCCACUUCACCUUGUAAAUUGUCAGCACCCGUCUCCCACCAAAUUAUCCCCUUUGGGGCUAUUGCCAUUUGUUAAUCUUGUAUUAUUAAAGCAAAACAGUGUUUUCUGAAAAAUGCAGGCUGCGGAAUUUUUUGCAACUCAAAGGGGAGCUGGAUGACCAAAGGUCAGACUUAAUAGAGAGGAAUUUUCUUCUUGAAUAAUCCCAAGAGUUGAACUGUUUCUCUUUCAAUCCCCAUAGCACACACACACACAAAACCUUUUUAAAAGGAAGGCUUUUCCUGUAGUAAUUGCCUGUCAUUUGAUGCACCGUGACUGCUACCCUCCCCUUCCUGCGGUUGUAGACAGUUCUAACCCUACCCAGAGUAGACCCACUGAAGUUACUGGACAUGACUAGCUGAGACUUGUUCAUCUCAGUGGGUCUGCUUUGAACACAACUUAGUGCAGUCCUUCUGUCUCCAGCGUUGAUCUGCUUAACUUACUCACAUCAAUAUGCUUGUUUUAGCUUUAAAAGGUUUUAUUGCUCUGUGCACACCACAUCCACAGAGGAUCCAGCUGCAUUUGAUUCUGCCUCCUGCAUCUUCAGCGAAAAUUGCCAGCUAAAUUGAGAUCCCCGGAUCUUCCUGUGUGAUGGUUUGUGAUGGAGCGCUGUGUUGGAAGAGCACAGCAUGGCUUCUCUCCCUUCCCUUCCCUUCCCUUCCCCAUCCCACCCCCCAGCAAAAAAAAGAAGUUACGGCAGAUAUUUUCGUUCAGGUGUUUUUAAGCUGAUCAAAUUUUCACACACAAGUUACUGGGGACAAAGUAUCACGUGAUUAUUCUAGGCUAAGCAACUAAACGGCGUUUCCGUGUGCUGCGCUGGCUCGCCAGAUGCAGCUUGUCACGCUGGCCACGUGACCCGGAAGUGUCUGCAGACAGCGCUGGCCCCUGGCCUCUUAAGCGAGAUGGGCGCGCAACCCUAGAGUCGGACACGACUGGCCCGUAUGGGCAGGGGUACCUUUACCUUUACCUUUAAGCAACUGAUUCUGGGUGGCUUCUGUUUAUAAUAAAUUUAGAGACAUUUCUGAACUGUUUAAUGUUUAUAAUCUGGGCAUUAUUAGUGACCCCGCUUGCUGGAGAUUGAGUGAGAGAGGCCCCAUAAUAGUAAGACUCUCAGAGGCUACUAGCCACGAUGGUUGUGCUUUGCCUCCACAGAAUGCUUCUGAAUACCAGUUGCUGGAAACUGCAGGAGGUUAGAGGGCUCUUGUUUUCGAGUCCUGCAUGCGGGUUUCCCACAGCUACCUGGGUGGCCACUGUGGGACUGGAUGCCCAACUGGCCUGAUCCAACAGUCUCUUUUUAUGUUCUCAGAUGCUUAAGGAUGCCACCUGAAGUGUAUGCAAAGGGGCCAAGAAGUCCGCUUUUGAUUUAUGAGGGAGGCAGUUGAAUGGCCUUCUCGGCCACAAGCUACAGGGAACCAGGCAGAGGGCCUUCUCGGUAGUGGCACCUGCCCUGUGGAACGCCCUCCCACCAGAUGUCAAAGAGAACAACAGCUACCAGACUUUUAGAAGGCAGCCCUGUUUAGGGAAGCUUUUAAUGUUUGAUGCAUUACUGUAUUUUAAUAUUUUGUUGGAAGCCGCCCAGUGUGGCUGGGGAAGCCCAUCCAGAUGGGUGGGGUAUUAAUAAUAAUAAUAAUAAUAAUAAUGGCCUGACUUGCUGUAAAGGAAGCUUCCUCCAUUUCUGUUGAGGUCCGCAUGGCUGGGAGCCAGUGCUAUGCAAGUUUACUCAUGAGGAAUUCCACUGACCUAAGUCAGAGCCGUCUGCUCCAUCUGGGCUGUGUAAAAGGGACUUGUCUCUCAAGCGGUUUGCAAGCUUCCAUAUGCAGAUUCCACCUGCAAUAAGCAGCUGGCAGAUGGAAGUAAAAUAUUUAGUAUUUUGCAUAUUGGUUAGAUGUCUUGCAGGCUGUACCACGAAAAGGCAGCAAAAACUUAUUUCAUUUAUUUUUCUCACAUUUAUCUUCCUGCUUUUUGUUUGUUUGUUCGUGGAACCCAAGGUGGUCUGCCAUGAAACUGUGGUAGAUCAGUCCAUUAGUUUAGCUUUUAGGUAUUUACAUCCCUUCUAUUUAUUUAUUGCCUGAUUAAUUCAAGAUCUUCCCAAAUUCAGUCUCUUUUCUCUCGAUCCAUUUCAUUUGCCAUCAGAAUCCUCCCCAGAUCCAUAGAUUGUCUCCAACAGACUUCUACUCAGAGUAGACACAUUUAAAUUAAUGAACCUAAGUUGUCCGUGUCCAUUAAUUUCAAUGGGUUUACUCUGAGUAAGACUAGAAUAGAAUACAACCCCAACUCUCUUCAGUUGACAAUUCCCCCAUUUUAUUUAUAACUGUCCAAAUCACCCCCCAAUUAAUUGCACCAAAUGAGACUUCUAUAGAGCGGCAACCCUUAUAAUCACAUUGCUUUCAUUACCUAACAGAAAUUGCUAUUUUGUUUUAUUUUCCACUUAUGGCUAGUAUUUUGAUUCGUAAGAGUACAGAAUGGCCACUGCCAAGAACCUUUAGAAAUCUUCCCACAUAGCAGGCUCAUCUCACGCAGCCUCCUAUCAGAACAUCCUGUGUUUUUCAGCCUCAUUUAUGCGAUAAACCACAAACUCUCCACCUCUGACUCUGUCCAACAUCGAAGCUCCAUGUUAGCAGUGAAAGUACAUUGUCGGGUUGUUACUUUGUGCUUUACAGUGUGUAACAUACGCACUUUGCUCACAUCUCAGUGGCAUUUUGUUACUACUAUGUGCCCCCCUGCAAUUAUAGUCUUAACUACAGAUGCAGUUAUUGAUUGAUAUAUGGCUAUGUUAUAAGCCAUGGUUUUUUUCCAGAAAGUACUCAACAGUACGCAGUACCGGCCUCUCUCUCUCUCUCUCUCUCUCUCUCUCUCUCUCUCUUUCUCUCUUUCUCUCUUUCUCUCUCUCUGUUAAAAUGUGUGGCACUUACUGCAACAACUUCAUGGUGAAUACCAGCACCUUUUUUUUCUAGAAAAAGAAGCACUGGUAGUAAGUGAGCAGUAAACUAUUUGGCCAAUUUCCAGUUAUAAAUCUGGGGGAGCAGAGGAACUGCAGAACUAUCCAACAAUCCCUGUUGGUGGUAGAAAUGACAUUUCUAGGCUUUUAUAUUAUUCAUUUCACUUACACUUUUUGCAAAGCCUCCCAAAGAGAUUUCCCAACAGGCACACAUGAAAACAAUUUCAAAUCUACUCCAGAUAACGGACCGGGAUUAAAGAACUCCACUGGUUGAAAGGCUGGUUGAAAAAGGCAAGUCUUCAACAAAUGCUGAAAACACAAGAGAGACGGUGUCUGUCUGAUAUGUAACGGGGAGGGAGUUCCAAAGUCUAGGUGCCGUCACACUAAAGACCGGCUUUUGACGUUGUGUGGAAUGGACCCCCUGAAGAGAUCAUUUCUGCGGGAGGCCCUCACCUGCGGAGCACGGUGAUCAUUUUGGAAUAUAAGAGAUGAAACUCUCUUUUAGGUGUCUACAUGGACACAUACUCUGGGAGCCAGGAUCGACUGCACUCACUUGCUCAGGUUGCUGCUGCAAGGGAGAAUAAUUGCUGCCUUGGGCGAAGCAGCACACUCCAUCUUUCCCAACUGCAAGUGGGCAGCCAGGCGAGCACGUCCUCUGAGCCUGACCCAACACAAACCUAGGCAUGAAGUGAAACCUGAUGGGACAAUGGCUGCUGCUCUUUUGCAAUUCUCUGCUCCAUCACUAGAAGAAGAAGAAGAGUUUGGAUUUGAUAUCCCGCCUUUCACUCCCUUUAAGGAAUCUCAAAGCGGCUAACAUUCUCCUUUCCCUUCCUCCCCACAACAAACACUCUGUGAGGUGAGUGGGGCUGAGAGACUUCAAAGAAUUGUGACUGGCCCAAGGUCACCCAGCAGCUGCAUGUGGAGGAGCGGAGACGCGAACCCGGUUCCCCAGAUAACGAGACUACCGCUCUUAACCACUACACCAUACUGGCUCUCCUCCUGUGCCUUUUCGUCUCCUGGCCGUCUCCAGUGAUGGGUAACUAGUUCUGCCACUUUCAUUAACACCAGCAGGAAGGAAGCACCAGCACAGCAGUCAGGCAUCGUUCUCCCACCACCACAUACACAAUCCGAAAGAGCAAAAGCUACCCCACUGAGACAGAUUAUGGGCUUUGGUCAUCUCUAGACUGUUGCAAUUUUGCAGGAGGGAUUCAGUCACAUGCAGGAAGUUUAGGUUUCCUCUGUUAAAGUGGAUUAAAGCACCCUGGGAAUGACAAAUCCACGUCUUCUAUCUGAAAAAAAAAAACCCCAGAUUCUUUGCAGUUAGGAAGACGACAGGGAAAUGCAGUAAAACGUGCUGGAUAAUGAAAGAUUGACAGGAAGUCGCAUAAACAAGCAAUUCAAGAUGAAUGUUCAUUAAAUAGCGGAUUUUUUUUGCAGGCAGGACAAAAUCGCAACCCAGAUAUUUGGGCAUUCUGGUCUCAUGCAAGGGAAGGAUGCAAGUUGCAGCGUAUCUUAGUGAGGUGGUGGCCAGUGUGGCAGAGCCAUGUCUGUCAAGGUCGUGUUUCAGUAGGUAACACAAAGCUAAGGUUGGACCAAUUGAAGCCUCCAUCGGCAACAUCCAGAGCCAGCAGGUAGAAGAGCAGGAAUAGGCUAAACUAGACAGAGCCGAUCAGGACCUCGGACAGCUCACUGCUGAAGGAAGACCUGAUGUUUCAGCAAGAUGCAAAGCCUUUCUGAAAAUUGGGAAAAUUGGCCAGGCAGUUAAGCGAUACAGUGGUACCUCCGGUUGCGGACGGAUCCAUUCCGGAGCUCCGGUUGGAUCCCGGGGUUUCUGCAACCGGAGCGACCGCUUCUGCACAUGCACGCACGGCAGCAGACCGCUUGUGCGCACUUCCAGGUUUGCUGCUUUUGCAACCCGAAGUUUAUGUUACCCAAGGGUAACAUAAGCAGAGGUGCUACUGUAUUGACUUGGUCCCUGCUGGGAUGGUAAAAAGGUAAAGGGACCCCUGACCAUUAGGUCCAGUCGUGGUCGACUCUGGGGUUGCGGUGCUCAUCUCGAUUUAUUGGCCGAGGGAGCCGGCGUAUAGCUUCCGGGUCAUGUGGCCAGCAUGACUAAGCCGCUUCUGGCGAACCAGAGCAGCGCACGGAAACGCCGUUUACCUUCCCGCCAGAGCAGUACCUAUUAAUCUUCUUGCACUUUGACGUUCUUUCGAACUGCUAGGUUGGCAGGAGCAGGGACUGAGCAACGGGAACUCCCCCCGUUGCGGGGAUUCGAACCGCCAACCUUCUGAUUGGCAAGCCCUAGGCUCUGUGGUUUAACCCACAGCGCCAUCCAUGUCCCUUAUUGACUUGGUCCCUGCUGGGAUGGUACUUGGGAUUUUAAAGGUCCUUUGUCUUAUUCUUUUUAUUCUUUUGCAUUUUGUAAUGUUGUUUUUAAAUGUUGUAAGCUGCCUGGGAGAAAGGUGGGAUAUAAAUACAUUAAAGAAUAGUAAGUUCAGUCGUACCUUGGAUCCCAAAUGCCUUGUGACUCAAACGUUUUGGCUCCCGAACACCGCAGACCCGGAAGUGAGUGUUCCGGUUUGCUAACGUUCUUUGGAACCCGAAUGUCUGACGUGGUUUCCGCGGCUUCCGAUUGAGUGCAGGAAGCUCCUGCAGCCAAUCGGAAGCUGUGCCUUGGUUGUCAAACAUUUUCGGAAGUCGAAUGGACUUCCGGAACGGAUUCCAUUUGGCAACCAAGGUGCGACUGUAAUCAUAAUUCAAAUAUAGCUAAUAAUGAUCAGAAGAAAGCAAUGUGUUCUGGUCAGGGUCAUCUUCCGAGCUGUUUUUGGGCUGUGGGGGUUUCAGAGCUUCCAUAAAUGUGGAGGGGGCUGAGAACCAUGUGUAACACUUUGUGCACCUUGAUUUUCUUUUUUAGAAAAUCAAUAAAUACCAAGCCCAGUUGGCUCUUUAGUUGUACAUUUUAAAAUCAUGUUAUUGUAACUUUAGUGUAAUUAUCGUAGCAAUCUCCUCUUGAUUUCCCCAUGAAAGCAACAAGGCUAAAGUGCUAGCUGUGAUGGACUGCAGUUGAUAAAGUCAGCCACAAAUGGGCUGAGGUGCCAAUAUCAGUUGGAAGAGCUGAGCUGGGCUUAAAUGAAGCAUGGUGAUUAUUUUCACAGCGGUGGGUAGAAUAAUAAUCUUUGCGGGGGGCGGGGCGGGGAAGGUAGUUAAGUGGAUGCCUAUGUCAUUGCUGUCUAAGGAGAUGCACUAAAUUCACAAUCGCUCCUGUAAUAUAGUAGAUUAAAAUUCUGGGAAUAGUUAAGCUGCUCAAAGGUCAGCAUGCCAAAAAAUAAAUGGACUGUUGGUGAAGCUCACAGUCACUUAAGAAUUUUAGCAUAAGAAUUUGUUGCUGCUUACCUUUUGUAGUUGUAUUUCCACGGUGUUUACCUCACUGUGAAAAGCUUUGAGCGAGGCAAGCUGAUACAAUUAAUUUGUGGGUCAGCUGUGUUUCCAUGCUGCAAAAUGCUUUUAAAAUAAGGGUUCUUGUACAUUUGCCUAAUUUGAUCCAAUCUGCUAUUGUUACUGUACACAGUAUAUAUAUAGAAGGGGGGGAAUAUGAGUUUGGUUUUUUAAAAGGUGCUAGGCAGCUGCGUUAUACUGACUGAGACCAUUGGUCCAUCUGCCUCAGUAUUAUCUACAUUGGCUCACCUUGUUUUGCUUAUUGCACUCAUAGCUUAUUGCACUCAGCUAUGGACUUUGCCUAUGUGAGUGGUGCCCAGGAACAGUUCACUGUGGGAGCAUGUAUUCACAGGUGACUCCCCACUUUUCGGGCUUACAUUCCGGGGGCCCGUGCACAUAAGUGUAAUCGCGUAAAGUAAACACCCUUUAAACAGCCUCUCUGUCACUUUGCCUUUAAUCCAUACCAAAAAUACUGUAUCCAAAAAUGUCCACAACUAGAAUUGAAGCUCUGGGCCUGGCAGGAGGCUGGAGGAUGCUCAGGAAAGCAGCAGCAGCUGCUGCUGCGCUACCCCACAUGACAGCUGUUAGGUGGAGAGGCUGAGCAGCACAAACAAAUACCACUCCAGUCACUUUGGAGCGUCCUCUACCCUCACUGAUGUCCUCUUCAGGCUCCCCACAAGCCUCAAGGACUCUCCAGCUCUCGCUCUCUCUCCCACCAUUUCCGGGUUUGAACUGAAUUAUCUAAUUAUUUUCCGGUGCCCCGCAUAUACGUGGUUGUGUGCAAGUAGAACAAGUGUAAAUGAGGGGUGUCUGUAUUUAUUUUUAUCUGUAUCUGGCAUUUUGAUCAAGAAAAGAUUGCCCCACAGACUCACACACAUUUACACCAGGAGGUGCUUUUUUAAAAAAAUUAUUUAUUUUUUUGACAAAGUAAUAAUCAUAAAUAAAUAAGAAUAAAAAUUUGCACCCCCACCACUGAGACCAUUCCAUUGUAACUAUCAAACCUCCCAAAAUGUCAACACCUCUUGCAAUGGUUUGACCCCUUUCCAUUUUAACAGUACAAAUUCUACAGACACCCUCCAUAUCUCCUCAUAAUCAUUUCUCCUGCAUAUUCCCCAUCUUACCUUAAUGGCAAAUGCUAAUUUAUCAUUAAUAGCUAUAUCCCACACCUCUUUAUACCAUUCUUCCAUUUUAUAUUCUGCUUACCCCUUCCACUUCCCAGCUAUAAUAAUUCAUGCAGCUGUCAAUAAAUUUGUGAGCAAGUCCUUCAUAGCCUGUGAACCUUCCACCCCAUCGUAAAGUGAUAAUAAUGCUACCUCUGGAUUUUCAGUCAGCUUUAACCCAGUGACCAGGAGGCUUUUGCAAAAACGAAAUGAAAAGACAAGUGAGACCUUCAACAAAAUGUUGCAGCAUGAAGUGCUCUUGUACAGUGUGCCAGCCCAGCCUGCCCUCUUCUGGGCCCUGAACAAUAGCCCUCCACACCGCAACAUUUUGUAUACAGUGGACGCUCAGGUUGCGAUCGUGAUCCGUGCGGGAGGCAUGUUCGCAACCCGCAGCAUUCGCAACCCGCAGUGCCGCAUCUGUGCACACACGGGUCAUGAUUUGGUGCUUCUGCGCAUGCGUGAGUGCUGAAACCCGGAAGUAACCCAUUCCAGUAUUUCCGGGUUCGGCGCAGUGCGCAACCCGAAAACACACAACCUGAAGCAUCUGUAACCCAAGAUAUGACUGUAUUCUAAAACUGACGUGUGGAUUUUCUCCACUGCUUCUCAUCUUUUCCUUUUUCUGGAAGGACAUUUUUAUCCCACUUAAAGCAUAAGAAACCUCCCUUGAUACCAUUUUUUGUUCUAGGGUAUCCCCUCUUGUUUCACAUCUCACAGUGAUAAAUCAGCUUGUUGAAAGCAACAACUUCACAUUAUACUGCAGUUUGGCACAGCCUAAUCAUUUGCCUGUAUGGGAGUCGGGCAGCCACUUCACCUAGUUUUCUCUGCUCAGGAAAUUCUGAAGGCAGGGAAGCACUCCAUCAGGUGGCCCACUGACACACCACCUGCAGUCUGAAGGGAGGCAGCUGAGGCACAGGUAUACUCACCUCCAGGAAAACUAGGUCAAAGUCAGAAGAAAAACAAAGCACCACUGGGUAUCUCCUUCUAGGCCAGAGGUGGGGAACUUGUGUCCCUCCAGAUGUUUCUGAACUAUCACUUCCCAUCAGCCCCAGCAAGGAUGGCUAUGGGGCAAGGAUGAUGGACGUCAUCGUUCAGCAAUAGCUGGAGGGCCACAGAUUCCCUGACUGACAAGGGAAAAGGCCAUGGAGGCUCACCAAUUUGUAGUGUAAGUAACAUCCAAACUGCCAUGGCAGUGUGAUCUGGUCCAGGGGUGAAGGAGGUGGAUUGGGUGCUCCUGGUAGAUUUACAGUAAAAACAUAAGAAGAGAUCGUCCAAAAACUCAUCUUGUCCAGCAUCCUGUUCUCACAGUCAGGUGCCAAUGCAAGCAGGAUCCAAGCACAGCAACAUUCUCUCCUCUAUUCCCAAUGACUGGUAUUCUUAGGCCUGCUGCCUACAGAAAUGGAGGCAGAGCAUAACAAUUGUGGCUAGUAGUCAUUGAUAGCCUUCAUUGUGUGGCGAAUUCCUGUUUCCCCCCACUGGAUAAUAAAGACACGUGACACCAUGAUUUUAGGUUAAUGGGCGAAAAUUGGCCACAACUUUAUUGGUUACAGAAAUGAGCGGUAUUGGCUUAGGCAUUGGUCCUAUCGACUAUCUGGCUUCAGCCCAGAUGCAUGAAGACCGGAAAGGGUUAACCGCCAGAAGGGGGAGUCCUGCUGAGGUACGUCAACUAGGAGCUUCCCCUGGGUCACCGCUCGGGGGCGUGCCUUAGGCCCACAUCUCCAUAGGCUUCGGACAGGGCAACGCCCCCCCGGAAUCCUUUACCGGACUACCCUUGGUGUGGGGGAAGGCGAUGGCGCUUCCUCCCCCCCUCUCAUCUACAUAACAAUACCCUUACCAAUACCUAACCACCACUUGAGCAAGAGCUUGCCGCCAAUACCCUCAGCCCUGCAACCAAUCCCUAAUCCCCAAAGAUGUGUCGUGCAACCAAAUAUCGUUUCCAGCAUCUGAAAGAUGCACGCCAUCAUUUCGGUAGAGGGCAAAUUUCCGCACUUAGCAUGUGCUCAGAUAGAUACUUAUUCUUAAUGGGAAGCCACCCACCUGAGCCAAUAACUUCCACCAGUCACUGGACCUUAGGGUCCCAGUUCAAACAAACAAAUAAACAGCGUAGCUCCCGUAAGUCAUCACCCCUCGUGUAGUAUUUGACCAAGGAGACCUGGUUUUGAAUUCCCACUCAGCCAUAUGAAGCACAGCUGGGUGAACUUGGGCAAGCAGUUAUCUCCCUGUCUGAUCCACCUUAUAGGGUGCUGUGAGGAUAAAACACAGGGAGCCAUGAACCUUGCCUUGAGCUCCUUGCAGGAAAGGGAGGGUAUAACUGAAAUAUAUGUUGUUUUUAUUCAUAGUCCGCCUCGCAUCUAGAGAACGUUGAGUGGCAUGCAUGGUUUGCACAUGUGGCAUUUAACUGUGAGGUAGGGCAGGCUGAAAGAUUGUGACUGGCCUGAGGUCACCCAGUGAGCAUUGCAGCUGAUGCAGAGAAUUGAACUUCAGUCUCCUUAGUCUGACCCUCUCCAGCAGCUACAUCAGGGAGUAGGGACCUAAGGCCCUCCAGAUGUUGAACUCCAGCUCCUGUCAGCCACAGCCAGCAUGCCUAGUGGUCAGGGUUGAUAUAAGCUGCACUCCAAGUUUCUGGAGAGGGCUAAGGGCUCCCCACCCCUACGGUGCACCAUGCUAGCUCCUUGACAGCCUUGCUUCUCUGUUAGAAUGAUCUGUGGGAAACAAGUCUGCAGUGGUUUCUUUCCCCCAGAGAUGAGAGGGUACUUGUCCAUUCAGGACCAGUUCCACUUUGCUAAAACUCUAGCUAAUACCUACCUGCCCCCACAGAGACUAGCAGAGCUGCAAGAGGGAUCUGUCAACUGAUGCAUUAUAAAUGGCUCCUCUUUCUGUACUUGCGUCCUCUGCAGCAGGCACGGCCAAGGUCAGUUAAACACUGGAUUUAUUAGCAAAUGGAUUAGCACUUUGAGAGAAUAGUCUGCCAAUGUUGCCUCUGCUGACCACAGCAAGCUGGGGUGAAGGCAGCCUCGCUCCUCUCCUUGCGUGGAAGCAGGAUCUUCAGCAGGAGACAGGGAAUUUGUUUUUAAAAAGGCCCUCUGUCUUUCUGGCCACUUUAUAAAGAAGGAGAGGAGAGUUUUCUGCCCCAAAGGCUGAUUUGUUAAAGCAAAUGGAGAACUGCUCAAUCUGCCCUCAGCCAGCUCCUCUUCUCCCCACCUUCCACAUUAUAACAAGUCCGGGGACUGGCACUGCCUACGAGUACCUUAGUCUCCUGGUAGAACUCAGCAAGGAGGAGGGACUUAGAGGUGACUGGUUCUGCCUGUCAUUGGCUCUGGCUCUUAAUUGGCUCCCUGCCUUCUCCCCCACCAGUCCCAGUGGGCACCGGCCAGCACUCCCCAAGGGGUUUGCCGUCUAAGAAGAGAUGAUCUGUAGACAGCAGAGGAAGGGAAAUGGAAAUGAAGGCAGGGUUUAAAAUUAUUAGUUGUGUUAUUACUUGGCGCAGUGGUUACAGUGCUGGAUUAGGACCUGGGAGACCAGGGUUCAAAUCCCCAUUGAGCCACAAAGCCCCCUGAGUGACUUAGGGGCAGUCACUGUCUCUCAACUUAACCUACCUUUAGGGUUAAAAUGGAGAGGGAGAUGAGUGCUUACACCACCUUGCGCUGUUUGGAGAAAAAAGGUGGGAUGCAGAUGUAGUUUAUGGAAUUGUAGAGUUGGAAGGGACCCUGAGGAUCAUAUAGUCCAAACCUCUGUAAUGCAGGCAUGUGCAGAAUAAUAAUAAUAAUAAUAAUAAUAAUAAUAUUUAUUUAUACCCCACCGUCCAUCUGGCUGGGUUUCCCAAGCUACUCUGGGCAGCUUCCAACACAAUAUUGAAAUACAGUAGUCCAUCAAACAUUAAAAGCUUCCCUAAACAGGGCUGCCUUCAGAUGUCUUCUAAAAGUCUGGUAGUCGUUCUUCUCUUUGACAUCUGGUGGGAGGGCAUUCCACAGGGCGGGCGCCACUACCGAGAAGGCCCUCUACCUGGUUCCCUGUAACUUAGCUUCUCGCAGUGAGGGAACCGCCAGAAGGCCCUCGGUGCUGGACCUCAGUGUCCGGGCAGAACAAUGGGGGUGGAGACGCUCCUUCAGCACCACGCUCUAACCGACUAAGCUAUAUGCAAUAAUAGAUAUCAUCAUCAUCAUUAUCAUCAUUGUUACUUUUUUAAUUUGUUAGUUGCUUUUCUUACAAAGUAACUCAAAGCAACUUACAUUAGAGCCUAUUGAAAGUAACAAUAAAAGCCUCAAAGUACAGCAAUACAAUUGAAGGGCUUAAAGCUAAACAAAUGGAAGGCUAAAAACACAGAUAACAAAAAAAGGGGGGCAGGACUACAGGUCCUCCCCACUAAAAGAGGUCACAGUGCCAGCCUUCAAAUUAAGGGUUAAAAGCCCAGGAAAUAAGAAAAAUCUGCCUGGCGCUUAAAGCGAAGAACAAGGGUUGCAUUGAACCGAGUUCUACUCAGUUAAUGGACCUAAGUCAUGUUAUUUAAUUUCAGUGGGUCUGCUCUGAGUAUGACUAACAUGUGGUUUACGCAUGCUUAGGCUUAGUUAGAGCAGCAUCCCUAGCAGAUUGUUCUCAGAAGAUCUGAGAAAGUUUGCAGCCAGCAUUGCAAGCCAACAGGCACCGUAAGGUAUCCUUGUCCAUGCCAGCUAUUCCUUCCCUGUGGUCUCCCACCACUUCCUUACCGAAGGAGAUGGCCCUGCAUUAUCCUUCAAUCUGUGACUGCAGAAAUAUGUAUGACGUCCCCUUCAGAUGUGGCUGAACUCCACCUUCCACCAUCCCUAUCCAUUGGUCAUGCUGGCUGAGGUUGAUGGGCCUUGGAGUCCAACAUAUAGAGAAGGUCACAGGAUUUGCACAUCCUGAUGUACUGCAAAACUAUACACCUCUCCAGCUUAGACUCUCUUCUAAGAGAGGGAGAAUACUGAGUUUUCUCAUUAUAUAAAGCCUGUUAUUUAGUGUUGUGUGCUUUUCCUCCAACACAUCUGCAAGGAGGAACUCAGAGGCUUUCAUUUUUGUUUUCAACUAACUGUGGCUUGUUGUUAUGUCUGAACCAGGUUAGUCUUCAAAUGCUUUCGAGAAGCAAGCUAGCUUUGAAUUGUGAUUUUUGAUCCUGUCUUAUGACCCGCAUGUGGGUCCCAGCCCAUGAACUGAAGACCGACAGGUUUUCGUGCAAAUGCCAUUACAUAUUUAUGGAACCUUUCCUGAGUUACUCCUGCCAAGCCUGGGCAUGUCAAAUAAAAUAAUCUCUUUUUUUGAAAAUGGCAGAUCAAAUGCUCCGAUGGUUUGCUCAGCUUUUCACGGUUUGUUGCAGUGUACCUUUCCAGAUUAUUGUAUUUUUUAAUUGGUAUUUUUUGGGGGGUUGGGCUUUUGAUAAUCAAGUUCUUUGCAUAAUGAGAGUGGCAGAUGUCAAAAGGUUAGGAGGGAGCCAGAACUGGUAGAAAUCCUGCAGAAAUAAUGUCUAAUCCUUUUGGUUUGUAGGGACACCUUGGCGGGAGGCACAAAUACAGGACUUGAAAAGCACCCUGAAGGGUGUCAGCAGCGACAUCCCCCUAGUCUUCGUCAGUGGCAACCACGACCUUGGGAACACGCCAACUCCUGAAACAAUUGAAGAUUAUUGCCAAAAGUGGGGUGACGAUUACUUCAGCUUCUGGGUCGGAGGGGUCUUCUUCCUUGUGCUGAACUCUCAGCUGUAUUUUGAUGCUUCCAAGUGCUUGGAAUUAAAGCAGGCCCAGGAUGAGUGGCUCCAGCAGCAGCUUGCAAUGGCCGAAGCGAGAAAGUGCCGCCACGCUGUCGUCUUCCAGCACAUCCCUCUGUUUCUGAGAGAACCCGAUGAAGACCACGACUACUUCAACCUGGAGAAGUCCAUUCGGCACGAGCUCCUGGAGAAGUUCCGCAAAGCAGGUACGGGGUUCCUUCGUAGAUCAGAGAGAGGCUUGGUCCGCGGCGAGGCAGUCGGUCAGACCAGUUCUGGGCUUAGAGGACCACUUCAGUCUGCAGGGGGAAGAUGGGGGUGGGCCAAUAUGCAGCUGCAGCUGAUGGGGUGGCAGCGCUUACCUCCCAUCAACAGCAUCGCUGCAGUUUACCAGGAGGUGUGAGGCUGCUGUGGUGCAAACACACCAGCAGAACCAAUCUGGUUGCAGCAGAACCCUUCUUGUAAGCUGCAGUGAUACCAAUGACAGAAGCUCAGAUAAACAUCAGUACUCUGCCCCAGCACUCUGCCCUACUUUGUUAGAAAAGCUGCUAACAUGUUUGUUGUUGCUGUUGCUGCUGCUGCUGCUGCAGCUGCUAUUAUUUACCAUAUUUUUCGCUCUAUAAGAUGCACUUUCUCCCUCCUAAAAAGUAAGGGGAAAUGUGUGUGUGUCUUAUGGAGCGAAUGCAGGCUUCGUGGGCUAUCCCAGAAGCCAGAACAGCGAGAGGGAGCGCUGUGCUGUUCUAGCUUCUGGCUUAGCCGCGUGAAGCCUCCGCAGGGGAGCCUUCAUCCCACUGCCCUGCGGAGGCUUCAUGCAGCUAUCCCUGGCUUUUGCGGGAGGUGGGGGAAGGGACAGAGCGCGCGGCUCUGUCCCUUCCUCCACCUCCCAGAAAAGCCCCCAAGAGCCACGCUCCCUUUAAAGAGCGCGCGGCUCUUGCAGGAGGUCGGGGGAAAGCCAGGAGGCUUGCUUUCGCUGAAGCCAGGAGAGCAAGCGGGAUCAGUACGCACCGAUCCCGCUUGCUCUCCUGGCUUCAGAGAUAGCACCGCAAAGCCUCCUGAGCAAAGAGGGAGGAGCGCUCCCUCUUCGCUCAGGAGGCUUCUUAUUUCUUGUUUUCCUCCCCUAAAAACUAGGUGCGUCUUAUGGUCAGGUGCGUCUUAUAGAGCGAAAAAUACGGUGAACCCCUAUCUCCAUUUCCAUUCCCCUUCCUCUGCCAUCUCCCAUGCACUUAUUCUUAGUUUGAUCAUAACCCCCUUGGGCAGUGGAGAUUGGUGCGGCAGAAGGCAAGGAGCCCAUUACUGGGUGGAGCCAGAGCCAAUGACACUGCAUGCUGGGGUCACUGGGGCGGGGAUUAUGUGUGCGCCCACUUAACACCCCCUCCACACAGAAUGCGGACAUGCAUUCUUCUGAACACCUGAAAAGGGCUUCACUUGGUCUGCAUACGACCCCAUCUGCAUGCAUGUAAUACAUUUGUAAACAGGACUGCUUGGUACAGAACAAAUAGCUUGCUGAAUAGGAUAUCUCUUUCCCAUUCAGUUAAGUAUUCUUAUUAAUUAAGCCAAACAGAGAGAGGGCUGCUAGGCAGCUCACCGUACAAUAGCGUAACUAAGUUUGCUAUGAAAUAAUCCCUGAUUCAGAAACUGUGAGCUCUGCAUAGCUCAGUUUCCUUAGUAACAGAGCUGUUCUGUUUCCUUAAAAAAAACAACUUGAAGAACCUUCUUUGCAGGAUGUUGUCAGUCAAGUAUAAUACACUCUUUCUUUCUUUCUUUCUUUCUUUCUUUCUUUCUCUCUCUCUCUCUCUCUCUCUCUCUCUCUCUCUCUCUUUCUCUCUUUCUCCUCCACCACCCUCUCAUCUCAUACUUUGCCCACAAAUAAUCAAUUUGAACACAUCUUUCAUUAUGAUAGUCAGAUGAUAAAUAAUGAAAUCAGCCUGUUCUUGCAUGUUUUGUAUUAAUCAUCAUCACGUUUGGCUUUUGCAGUCUAAGAAGGUUAACCUUCUAAUCACUUAAUAUUAAUUCCAAUUUUUCAUAUACAAACUGGAGAAAAUUAGACUGGUUAUUUUAUUUUUAAAAAUGAAAUAUUCUUCUUUCCCCUUCUAUUUGCUUUUUUCUGUCUUCUCCCCUGCAGUACAAGGGCAUUUGGAAUUAUUGGGGGGGGGGGGGUGGCGUGGAACACAACCCUCUGCUACAACAGUAAUUUUAGUAAAGGUUGGCAAGGCAUCUUGUAUUUAGACAAGCAGCUAUUUUUUAGUCAACUCUGAAUUUCUGCAACUCCAUUAAAGCCCAUAUAAUGACAAAGCAAAAUUAUGCCUUUUUUAAACCAAUAAGUAAUUUAAAAUAUUGCAGCUAAGUAGUCCCAUUCAACAUAUUUCAAACAAAGAUGUUGUUAGGACUAGAUCUUCAGAGCAAAACUCUUACUUUGUUCUUCACGAACACAAAAUAAAAACCUAUCUUAAUUUUGGAAAAGCUCGUUGCUUGUAGCAAGUGCUGAAUUCAAAAGUCCUUGAGUCCUUCGAGAGAUCAAGAGAGCCAGGGUUCUGUAGUAUAGUGGUCCCUCAGGUUGCCUAUGCUUCAGGUUACAUACGCUUCAGGUUACAGACUCCGCUAACCCAGAAAUAGUGCUUCAGGUUAAGAACUUUGCUUCAGGAUGAGAACAGAAAUCGUGCUUCGGCGGCGUGGCAGCAGCAGGAGGCUGCAUUAGCUAAAGUGGUGCUUCAGGUUAAGAACAGUUUCAGGUUAAGUACGGACCUCCGGAACGAAUAAGUACUUAACCUGAGGUACCACUGUACCUGAAGUGUCAAACUAAGAUCUGGGAGGCCAGAAUUCAGAUAACACCAUGAAGUCCACUGAGUGAUCUUGGGCCACCUCUCACCCUAACCUACCUCCACAGAGUUCUUUGGGGGAUUAAAAAAGGGGGGGGGGAGAACUGUGUAUGCCGCCUUGAGCUCCUUUCAAGGUGGGGGGAGGUGAUAUAUAAAUGCAAUAAAGAAAUAAAGUCUUGUUUCUGCAAGUUCUUGCUGUAUAGAAUGCCUUUAGAAGACAAACAGUCAUUUCCAGGUAAGCUGAUCUGUUCAGAUGCUUCCUCUACACACACACACACACACACACACACACAAUAAACAGUUAUUCCCAGCUGGAGGCAGCAUAAUUUUGUUUUGCUUGGCUCAAGAUCCUUACUCCUGUCCAUGAUGAAAAAUGUUCAACCCCUCAUUAUUACAUUUCUAGGAUGACAAACACCUGCUUGCUUUAUAUGUUCCAACUCUUCUCUGUUCACCAGGAACAGUCACUAUUUUCUGUUUCUUGUCCCUGUAUUUUGCCUUUUCGAGAGAAACAAGAUUCCGGUUCCUAAAAGAUGAUUACUCUCUCGUCAUCUCCUCAGAGCAGGGUCUCACGCUGUCUUGUGGUUCCUCUACAAAAGCACUGCCCACAUUAAUGUCACUGCGGAAAUGAGAGGAUUGUUUUAGGGAAUGGCUAGGUUCUUUGGUGCCCCACCUCAGAAUCCUACACAGAGCGAGGGUGUUCGACAUCUUGGCCUCCCAUGCCCCUUCCAAUUUUGUGGGCAGGAUUCUCAGUCCUUGAGUGAUUUUCCCUGGCUGGAGUAUGUUUUUGAACUCUGAUUGUUGUUGUUGUUGUUUAGUCAUUUAGUCGUGUCUGACUCUUCGUGACUCCAUGGACCAGAGCAUGCCAGGCACUCCUGUCUUCCACUGCCUCCCCCAGUUUGGUCAGACUCAUGUUGGUAGCUGCGAGAACACUGUCCAACCAUCUUGUCCUCUGUCGUCCCCUUCUCCUUGUGCCCUCCAUCUUUCCCAACAUCAGGGUCUUUUCCAGGGAGUCUUCUCUUCUCAUGAGGUGGCCAAAGUAUUGGAGCCUCAGCUUCAGGAUCUGUCCUUCCAGUGAGCACUCAGGGCUGAUUUCCUUCAGAAUGGAUCGGUUUGAUCUUCUUGCAGUCCAUGGGACUCUCAAGAGUCUCCUCCAGCACCAUAAUUCAAAAGCAUCAAUUCUUCGACGAUCAGCCUUCUUUAUGGUCCAGCUCUCACUUCCAUACAUCACUACUGGGAAAACCAUAGCUUUUACUAUACGGACCUUUGUGAACUCUGAUUACACUUCCUUAAAUGGAGGACAUUGGGGUGAGUUUGUGUAGAAACUACUGUACAACGGCCCUCCACAACUUUGGAACUCCCUGCCUAUUGAUAUCAGACAGGCAACUUUAUUGCUUUUUUUUUUCGGAGCCUGCUAAAAACGUUUUUGUUUAGGCAAGCCUAAUCAGAUAUCUAGAAAGUUGAUGUGUUUUUAGUUUAUUGCUGCUUUUAAUUUUUUGAACAUGUUGGUGUGUGUUUUUUUAACUAAUAAUGUCAUUGUUUUAUUCUUUUUUGCAAUCAAGCAGCAUAUAGAUUUUAUGAAAUAAAAUGGUUCCUCACCACUGUUUGAUCCAGUGUGUGGGGAAAGAAGCCAUUUUUCAUUUGUGCCUUCCUCUGCUUCGUUAUUAGCCUUUAUUAUAAGUCUGUUUUAGAGUAUUAUUUGUUGGUUGGUUGGUCAAAUGUAUGAUCCCACCCUUCCAUCCAAAGGAGCCCAGGGUAGCAAACACGCAAGCGAUAAAAUAUCUAAACCUCUUAGAAAAACGGUUCCGAUACAGGUGCAAACUGGGAAUGAUCCCUACUUUGAAAGACUGGUUGAAAGAGGUAGGUGUACAGCAGGCAUCCAAAAAGACAACAGAGGUGGGCACCAGUCUAAUAUGCAGCAGCAGGGAGUUCCAAAGGGUAGGUGCCACCAUGCUGGAGACCCAAAUUUCUCCAUAGUGCAGAUCAGACCUUCUGAUAGAUGGUACCUGCAAGAGGCCCUCCCACCAAGCGCAUUGACCAAUUGGAUAUAUUGGGUAGGACCCAAGCCAAUAGGAGAGCCAAUUUAUAGCUGAGCAAAUCAGUAAUCCAGUGUUGCUUCUUUCCAUUGCAUUGUCAUUCCUUUCCUGAAGUACAGUGCUACCUUGGUUUAAGAACAGCUUAGAUUAUGAACAACUUGAAUUAAGAACCCUGCAAACCCAGAAGUAGGUGUUUUGGUUUGUGAACUUUGCCUUGGAAGCAGAACAUGUUCUGCUUCCUCUUGAGUGUGUUCCAUUUGUAAAUUGAGUCCCCCGCUGCUAUGGGAAAACACACCUUGGUUUAAGAAUGCUUUGGUUUAAGAACAGACAAAGAUUAAGUUCGUAAACCAAGGUACCACUGUAUUACAUAACUCAGAAGACGAUACCUCUUCCUUUCUAAUCCAGAAACCAUUGUGUAUUACAUCAGCCUUUUUAUUCUUUCAUUCGCAUUUGGAAACUUACUUUUCCAUUCCCCCCCUUAAGAUUUGUUUGGUGUUACUCUGUUUUAGCAGUUCCAUGUGAGCAACAUGUGCGCUUGUUUGUUUUGAUUUGAUUUCGGUAUUCCGUUCGUUGUAAGCCAUCGAGCUAAAACUCAAGCCCCAGAAGCUGCAUCUGGUGUUAAGCGCUGAAUUCAAUUUCUCACUUCAGAAGUGUCCUUAACAGUUGGGCUAAUUAAAGAUAAAAUGGUGUCCUUAUCAUAAAUAUUUAUGAAUUGAAAAUCUGGCACUUUUUUAAUUUCACCAAGUUAAGCCAUGACGAUAAGCUUGUGUUACCAAAUGAAAAUGUCAACUUCAUUGUAGUUUUACGAGCAGGGUGGAUGAAAUCUGUUGAAGAAGCUGGUCCCCUUUGUUGUUUUGACUCAGGUGCUUUUUAGAGCAGAACCAGGCCAUGUGUUUAAAUCAUAUCUAACACAUAAAGCUCACGACUUCCAUCAAAGAAUCCUGAGAACUGUAGUUUGUUAAGAGUGCUGGGAACUGUAGCUCUAAGUGGGGGAACUAUGGUUCCCAUGAUUCUUGGGGGGGGGGUGUUGUGUGCUUUAAAUGUGCAUUGGAUGUGGAUCUGCCAACAUGGAAACCCUAAGAUCAGGGGCUGAGAACCUCUUUUUGUGUGUCAAGGGCCACUUUAGCUCAUGGACAGUCUGUUAAGGGCCACAUGCCAGCAUGGGGUGGGUGAUGGAGAGAUCCAGAGACUAGGUGUUGGAUCCAGCUCUGGUCAAGCCGCGUUCUGCUUGUGCAACAGGACUUACCCUUCCUUUCCUCUCCCUGUGGACCCCCCAAAUCAGGCAGAAGUGCCAAAGUAUCGCCCAAACCCCCAAAACAGAUUUUAAGGGGCCAAGGGAGGAAGGAAGUAUGUUGUCCAAUGGCAGCAUGGGAUACAGCCCAAAAUUUUUAAUGUUUAAUGCUGUAUUGUGUUUUUAAUAUUCAGUUGGGAGCCACCCAGAGUGGCUGGGGAAACCCAGCCAGAUGGGCAUGGUAUAAAUAAUAUAUUAUUAUUAUUAUUAUUAUUAUUAUUUGUUGUUGUUGUUGUUUGAAGUAAUUAAACUGUGGUUUAGGUUGUUGCCUGAAUUGAGCUUUUGCCUUUGAAAUGCAUCUACAGUGGGCAGAAUUUAUAGCUUUAGCCUUCAAGUAAGCGAUCUCACUUAGUACCCUUGAAUGCUACAGAGAGAGAGAGAGAGAGAGAUCAGUCUCUUAUCUCACAGCAGAUGUAGUUCUGCACUGCAAAAGCCACAUGGGCUGUGUGGCCAGUGGUUUCAGAUUAUGCCCCCAGGUUGUCCUUGAGGCCCUGUUUAGUUGCAAAACAAUGCUUUUAAUCAUCAUAGCAACCAGGCAAAAUGCAUCCUUUUAUCCGGGAAACAUGAAUCUCUACAAGGAAAACUUCAGUGAAACCCUUGGUGGUUUUGUAAUGGAUAGCUUUAAUUUCCACCAUAUAAAUCGAACCACCAUAGUCAUCCUGGUGUGGUAAACAACAGCUGUCAGGGGCGGUGUGAUUGUUAUUUGCCAUCAAUAGGCCCGUGGCCCUUUCCUCUAUGAGGGAAGGGUGCAACAGUUAGGUCUUUUCACUUUAGUAAUAGAGGCACAGCAGAGGCGUCUAAGAUUAUGCAUGCUGAAGAGGAAGAUAUAGAGACAUUUUUCUCCCCUCUGUCGUAGUAACUAGAACUCGGGGCCGCCCAGUGAAGCGGAAUGUGAAAAAUUCAGGCCAAGGCGGAAGAAAACAGUUUUCCAUUCAGUACAUAGUUCAUCUUUCAAACUCGCUCCCACACGAGGCAGUGAUAGCCCUGAACAUGGAUGCAUUGAAAACGGAUUAGACAAAGUUGUGCAUGAUAAGACUAUGAAAGACUAUGUUUCCCUCCAUUGUUGGAGGCAGCAUGCCUCUGAAUAUGUGGGAACCACGCGUAGAGAGAGCGGUGUUGCGCUCAGGUGAUGCUAGCGGGCUUGCCGUGCCUCUUGGCUGCUUAGAGGGAGGGGUGAAUCGUAGAAGCUAGCCUACUGUGAAAGGUAAACUUUUACCUACGGUGAAAGGUAAAAAUUACAUUUGUUGCUUCACCUGCUUUGGCCUGUGACCCUUCCUGCCACUGGCAUGUGGUUCCCAGAAGGUUUCCCAGAUGGAAAUGUGGCCCUCGGUCUGGGAAGAAAAUAGUCCUCGUCCUCCCCCCUGCAAGCCUCUGAUGACUGCCACAUCAAAAUGGAUGGGGUAUGGAUGGAUGCAUCUAGACAAAGGCACGAUGUUGGUCUCUGAGCAUGUGGCGGCUCUUCUGCCAGAACACUGCCCUGGCUUCUCUCUCCCCCCUCCCCAUCAAGUCUGCAGGAACCACCUUGGCACUGUGCUCGUUUUCCCCUCACGCAGCUACCUUUUUACAUCUGCCGCUCAUUGCCUCAGCGCAGGCUUAGCAGAUUGCUGGUUUGGGCCCUGCAGGGAGGGAGGCAAAGUGUUCUCACUUCUCACUGGCAACGAGAGAGAAAUCAAUUUCGUUCCACAGAAGGUAGAAUAUGGAGGGCCAGAUCUGCGCAGCGCCAUCGGUUGCCCCACUGCUCUGAAAUAGCAGCAGAGAAUCACAGCAGGCUGUUGCUGUGGACUUUCCUGGAUAAACCCUGGAAAAAAGGGGGGGUUUUCCUGCCUGCCAGUGGAAUGUUCUGAGCUGGUACGAUAUUUAUCUAUGUGAGAUUCUGCCCCCCAUCAGAGUUGUUUUGUUCCUGAAUUUCCAUUCCAUUUAGAAAGGUAAGCAUCAAUAGAUUCUGUAGGCACAACCAAGCCAGUUCAUUUAUUAUUGUUAUUUCAAAGUAUAUCCCACCCUCCCUCCCAAAGGAGCCCAACAAACACAUCAGUAAUAAAGCAGGCUUUUAUUUUAAGUCGUCUCCCCCACCCCUCAUUCUCUUUAUUAAUCUUUCUCAAAAAUACAGAUUAAAAAUAAAUCAUACAAAACAGAUGCAAAGGGUAAAUUGUUAACACAACAGGCUUAAGAUAUCUCAAUAACUACAUAUAAAACGUUUCGCUUUAUGGGACUAGCAAAGAUCUACAUUGGCUCCUAGUACACAAUUCAAAGUGUCGGUGCUGACCUUUAGAGCCCUAAACAGCCUUGGUCCUGUAUACCUGAAGGAGCGUCUCCAUCCCCAUCGUUCAGCCCAGACAUUGAGAUCCAGCGCCGAGGGCCUUCUAGCGGUUCCCUCACUGCGGGAAGUGAAGCUACAAAGAACCAGGCAGAGGGCCUUCUCAGUAAUGACGCCCAUCCUGUAGAAUUCCCUCCCGUCGGAUGUCAAGGAAGUAAACAACUUGACCUUCUGUAGACAUCUGAAGGCAGCCCUGUAUUGGGAAGUUUUUAAUGUUUUGACAUUUUAGUGUGUUUGAUGUUUUAUUUUGUUGGGAGCCACCCAGAGUGGCUGGGGCAACCCAGGCAGAUGGGUGGCAUAGUUGAAUGAAUGAAUGAAUGAAUGACAUUACUGAAUGCAACCUUAUGUAUGCUGUACAUCCUCCCCACUACACACACACACAUAUUGAAGAGAGCAGGUGGAUUCAGUCCUGUAGGGUUUCUUCCCCUUCCCUAGCAGACCACAGGUUUGAAAUCUCUCAUCACCUGGUGAGCAGGGGAUUCAGUCCUGCAGGGUGUGGUGGAGUCUCCUUCUUUGGAGGUCUUUAAACAGAGGCUUGACAACCAUAUGUCAGGAGUGCUCUGAUGGUGUUUCCUGCUUAGCAGGGGGUUGGACUCGAUGGCCCUUGUGGUCUCUUCCAACUCUAUGAUUCUAUGAUUCUAUGAUUCUAGGGUGCUGCUUGUAAGAGCCUUCCCUGCAGGGACUGUGCUUGUGGAGAAGCAUCAUGCAGGGCCCUCCAGCCUUCGUAUCCCCUGACAACCUGGGUAACUGGGCAGCCUGGUCUAUGGUGAUCUGGGUCUGUCUCAGCCCAAGUGCAGGUGCCCCCAAUUCAAAACUGGCCUGAUUCAGAUCGAGAUCUGGGCUUCCCCUAAAUCUGGUGCACAGCACUAGUCCCAAGCUCCUUAAGAAGGAGGGAAAGCUACAUAUAACAGAAAUUAUAAUCGGAUACAGUUUCCUGUGCAUUUUUGCCAUUAGAACCUUGGUUACUAUGCUGAAAAGCGUUGAUCUAACUUGGAUCCAAGCUUUGAACCAAUUCCCAUUUUAAUUGCUGCCCUGCCAAAGCACAGAUCUCUGCUGCAUCUAAGCCAAGAGUUUGGGGGGGGGGGAGCUUGAAACAAGAACCCGAGAGAUUUCAAUCUGUCCGUCUGAAGAUAACCUCAAAAGGGAAUGGAGGCUAUGAGGAACCAGGUCAUCCAGGACUGCUAUAUCUGCCUGUCUAGAUAGAGGAUCUCGUUUUUCAAACUCCAAGUCCCCAUCUUCAAUUACUUCUUUAAUCAGCCUUUCAAGAUAGCGCUUGCCAAUGUAUUUUGCAUGCUGGUUUUAAGCCAUUGGGCUCCUUUUCCUGUCACAACCAUUUAGGUUUCCUCUGAGAAUUUGCUUUUGCUUAAUGACGCCUUUAUUAAUUUAUGCUAAAGAAAAGAGUCAUUGAUGUUUGAUUCGUAAUUCGAUCUAUAGUUGGAGGGUUUUUUUUUUAUUAAUUAAGGCAGAAAUAAGAUAUCUACCAAGAGUGGGAGGAGAGACUAGCAUAAAAGGAACACUGUGAGAUGGGGCAGCAGCUCUGGGUGGUUGAUUUUUUUUUUCCAAAACCCUUUGGAGUUGGGCUUCAGAGGAUUGUGUCAUGACCCCCAUAGCCAGCAGUCACUGAGACCACUUUUCCCUAUGAUGAACUACUGUGAGUAAGAAUAAUAACAAUGAAUAAUGAACGACUAAGUCAAUGAAAUUUAUAUGCCACUUAAUUGCCAAGGUGACUUAUAAACAGUUUAUGAGCAUAAAACCAAUUACAAAACACACACACACAAAUAUGAUUAAAAUACACCACAUAAUUCCAUUUAAACAUUAAAAUAAACACCCCGCGAUUAAAAUGUGUAAUAAACCAGGCCCGUUAAAACAGCACAACACCCCCUCCUUUGGUAAUCCUCACAGAACUCUAGCCCAAUGGUUGCCAUUAAUUUGAUUUUGAAUUGAUUUUAAAAUGAAUUGAUUUUAGAAUGCUGUGUUACUUUUAUUGUUGUUAGCCGCUCUGAGCCCGGCUUCAGCUCAGAGAGGAGGGCGGGAUAUAAAUUUUUAAAAAAAUUAUUAUUAUUUAUUAACAACUAAAAUGGUUAAGGACAUACGGGGAGCUUUGCUGGAUCAGGCCAAUGGUCCAUCUACUCUGCCAUUUUGUUCUCACAGUGACCAACCAGAUGCCUAUGGGAAGCCCAUGAGCGGGGCCUGAACGCAAGUGGCCUCGCCCUUCCUAUGGUCCCCAUCAACUAAUUAAGAGGUCAAGGGCACAUUCCAGCAAGGCAAAAACAUUUUGGGUGCAAAGCAGGGCCCAUAAAGGAGGUGGGCUCAGAGGAGGGUGGGUGUGGUGUGGGAAGACACCCAAGGGCCAGAUAGUGCAGGCGGGGGGGGGCACUAUUUGACCUCUGGACCUGAGGUUACCCUCCCCAGAGAUCUGCAUCUCCUCCAGCAGAAUCUCCCUUCCCUAACCCCAGGUUUGGGAAACAGUUCACGACGAUAACACUGAAACAAUUUAAAUGGCCUUCACGUUCUUAAAAGCAAUGAGGCCUUUCUGAAAUUAUUUAUCCUGGGCCCAAUCAUGUUUACUCAGGAACAAUCCCUGCUAUUUUCAGGGGCGCUUAAAUCUAAGGGCUUAUCGUUUCCAGCAUGUGCAUUUGAUAAAUGCGUUUGAAAUGAACCGUUGGCAUGGUGCGCUUUAAUAAAUAAAUAAAUGAGGCAUUUUUUGAGCCAAGAGAGUCUUGCUUUGACUUUCUGAUGCCACAUAGCUAUUCACUCCGCGAGAUUCUCUCUAACCUCCCUCAAUGUAUCUGUCAGAACUGCCAACAGAUCUAAAGCAACUUUUGCAUAUUAAGUAGAGCCCUCGAUAAUUCACUAGCGGGUUUGAUUCUGCAGCGACACAUCCGUAUCGAUACUUGGAGAUGCAUUCCUUUCCUUUUCUCACCAUGUAAGGAUACACUUCUUCUGUUGCCUAUUGAAUGGAGGUGUCACAAUGUAGAGCUGUUGAUAAGGCAGGGGUGGACGACCGGUGCCACUCCUGGCGUUCCUGAAUUGCUACUCCUCUCAUCCCUGACCAUUGGUCUUGCUGGCUAGGGCUGAUAGGAGUUGGAGCCCAGCAGUAACUGGAGGGCCAUAGAUUGCCCAGCCUUAUUAUGAGGGGUUUUUUCCUCCUUCCAGUGAGACCAAAUGUUGGAAGAUUCAGGAGAGACAGAAGAAAGUACCUCUUAAUGCAAAAACUAUGGACAAUAAGAGGGAUGUGGGUGGCGCUGCGGGUUGAGAGGGAGGGUGGCGCUGUGGGUUAAACCACAGAGCCUAGGACUUGCCGAUCAGAAGGUCGGCGGUUCGAUUGCCCGUGACGGGGUGAGCUCCAGUUGCUCGGUCCCUGCUCCUCCCAACCUAGCAGUUCAAAAGCACGACAGAGUGCAAGUAGAUAAAUAGGUACCGCUCCAGCGGGAAGGUAAACGGCGUUUCCGUGCGCUGCUCUGGUUCGCCAGAAGUGGCUUAGUCAUGCUGGCCACAUGACCCAGAAGCUGUACGCCGGCUCCCUCAGCCAAUAAUGCGAGAUGAGCGCCACAACCCCAGAGUCGGCCACGACUGGACCUAAUGGUCAGGGGUCCCUUUACCUAUAAGAUGUGAUGGCCAUCAGCUGGUAUGGCUUUAAAGGGGGUUUAGAUGACUCUGUGGACCAUAGAUAAGACUGCCAAUGUCUGCUAGCCAUAACAGCCUGCUUCUCCCUCUACAGCUGGAAACAAGUGUGCUUCUGAAUACCAGUUGCCGAAAAUCCUGAACGGGGUGUCUGUGGGCUUCCCACAGACAUCUGGUUGUGAGAACAGGAUGCUGGACUAGACGGGCCUUUGGCCUGAUCCAACAGGGCUCUUCAUAACGCUAUUGCCUUCUCACAUAUUUUAUAUCCAGAUUUAAUGUCUCAUAGAUUUAAUGUCAUGAGAGGAGGCAAGGGUCCUCCUCUCGUGACCCUAGGACUUGUGUGGGGGUGGGUGUUACCUUGAAACUAUUAGUAGUGGGGCUAAUGGUCACACAAAAAGUCAUAAUUCACAUGCUAUUUACAUCCUACGGGAUCACCUCUCCUGGUAUGUCCCAUGAAGGACCUUACGAUAUUCAAACAAAAACAUCUUGGAGGUCCCGGGCCACAGGGAGGUUAGGCUGGCCUCAACCAGAGCCAGGGCUUUUUCGGCCAUGGUCCCCAUAUGGUAGAAUGCUCUGUCACAAGAGACUAGGGCCCUACGGGACUUGACAUCUUUCUGCAGGGCCUGCAAGACAGAGCUGUUCCACCAGGCCUUUGGCCAAGGCACAGUCUGACCCCCUCCUUUGGUAAUCCUCGUAGGACCCUAACCCAAUGGUUGCCAUUAAUUUGAUAAUGAAUUCAUUUUAGAAUGUAUUUCAAUUAAUAGAUUGUGAUUUUAUGUAAACUGUGUUACUUUUACUGUUGUUAGCCAUUCUGAGCCCGGCUUCGGCUAGGGAGGAUGGGAUAUAAAUAAAUAAAAAAUAUUAUUAUUAUUAUUAUUAUUAUUAUUAUUAUUAUUAUCCUAGCUUCAGAAUUGUGACUGUACUCUAGAUUUUCCCAAACUGGCCACUGGUCCUGCUAGCUAGAGACGAUGAGAGUUGUAGUCCAAGAACAGCUGGAGACCCAAAUUUGGGAAACCUUGCUGUAGAUGGAUUUGCAGUGCAUCACACUCCAGUGAGGAAGAGACUAUGGCCAGUUGAUCUGUAUGCCAGCCCAGUCUGCUGUCCAGUUACUCACUGCUGGUGGGCAAGUUCAAAGUCUCUUCACUCUCUUUUUAUGGUUCAUAGAUGGUAUUAAUCGAAUCCUAGAGUAGGAAGGGACCACGAGGGCCAUUUUGUCCAACUCACUGCAAUGCAGGUAUCUUUUACCCAGCGUGGGGCAUGAACCCACAACCCUGAGAUCAAACGUCUCAUGCUCUACCCACUGAGCUAUCCCUUUAAACCUGGCAUGGACCAGUAGACCUUCAAAUAGAGGAGUGCCCUCUGUAAAGUGUGGGCAACCUUGAGUAAGUGUCGUUCUCAUCAGCGAGGUAGCAGGGAGGUACACCCCUUCCCACAGGUCCAAAAACAUGAGCCAGUUUAGGGUCCAUCAAUAACUGCUUUUCUAUUAGAAUGAGAGGAGGGAGACCCAAUUGCACAGCUGAUUGGAAUGUUGUUUGACUCUGAGCAUACAUUAGAACAGGGCUGGGAAACCUCUGACUCAUGGGCAAAUACUGCCCCACAACUUCCAUUUUCUACAACCACACACCUGUCAUUCAACUGGGUGACAUCAGCAGAAGGACAGGAUCCAACCUUUGUUGGGUGCUGCUUUGCCAACACAUUCCCUGAGUGUGAAGCUGGUGUGAAGCAAGCCCCUGCAGAGAUCAGGAUUGAACCCUUCACUCAGCAGCUGAUGAAUGGAGAGUUCAGUGCUGUUUCACUGGUGUGUUUCCCUCCUCCCACCCUCACAGGUCAGUUUUGACAGGUGGGCAGGACUGACUGCCUACCAGUCACUUGAUGCCAUUGUGAUGCCAGGUGAUUGGCAGGUGGGGCGGGGAGAUAAAGAUCUGGCCCACUUAGCCAAAAGGCUUCCCCACCCCUGCUAUAAAAGUCAAGGGGGGAAAGGCGGCUUCUCCACCUAACAAUAUUGAGAGGGCUUUCUGAAAUCAUAAUUUGGCAGCACUACCUGGGGAGAACAUUUCUAAGUGAAUAAAUUGCAUCUGAGUGCACGGCACAUUUUUAUGAGAUUCUUUUUAUGUUUGAGAUAAAAAAGGGGGGAGAAAAAAGAGAAAAAUCUAGACCAAAGUAAAUUGCUAGCUUGUCAUCUUUGCAUUAUUGCACUGAUUGGAUCGUGUUGACUUUCUUUUUCUUUCCUUUUUUAUGGUAAUGAACAAAAUAAGUUGAGUAAAUAACUGAGGUGGCAGGCCAGAAAGGGGAAGCCUGUGUUUAUUAUGUUAGCAAAGCUAGCUGCAUCUUCUGUUAGAUGUAGCCGCGACCUGCUUCCCUCUCUGUUGCGCAACAAGCAUUAACGGUGGCCCCUGUGAGUUUUCAGAGACAAUGUAAAAUAAUCAGCCUACAUUUUCAGAUGCCAGCAGCCUACAGCCGACGUCUGAAUAUGUUGGUUUCUCCACAAAGUUGUUUCCAAAUCAACGUGCGUAAGGCUGGGGUUGUUAGGCCAAGAACACAACCCAGUGGGGACUCUGAGUACGCAUGCACAGGCUGCAAACAUAAAUAAAUGGAUGUGGGAAGCGGAAUUGAGAAAACACUGGUAUUACACAGGUGCAGGCGUUGGCAAAGUAGGACCCCAGUUGCAAACUUGAGUGUGGUGGCGCGGAGUGGCCUUCAGCUUGGAAAAUCCUGGCCUGGUAUUCCUUAAACCUUUUUCUGUCAGGUAGAUCUCACAGAGCAUGGGAAAGUGUUCAUGAAUAUGUGUGUCCCCAAGGAAGAAGACGAGUAGAAGAAGAGUUUGGAUUUGAUAUCCCGCUUUAUCACUACCUGAAGGAGUCUCAAAGCGGCUAACAUUCUCCUUUCCCUUCCUCCCCCACAACAAACACUCUGUGAGGUGAGUGGCGCUGGGAGACUUCAGAGAAGUGUGACUAGCCCAAGGUCACCCAGCAGCUGCAUGUGGAGGAGCGGAGAUGCAAACCCGGUUCACCAGAUUACGAGUCCAUCACUCUUAACCACUACACAACACUGGCUCUACACCACACUGGAAGAUGCAAAUACACUUCAAAAGAGGAUUAGACAGAGUCAUGGAGUCAUGUGACUAUUGGCGGCUGCUCCACUGCUAGAGGUAUUAUGACUGAUUACCAAUUGCUGGAAAUCACAAAUGGCAGAGUGUUGUUGCACUCGUGUCCAGCUUAUAGACUUCUGGUCAGCCACCGUGAGAACAGGAUGGUGGACUAGACGGGCCAUUGGUCUCAUCCAGCAGGGCUCCUUUUAGGUUCCUAUUGGUCAGAGUACAAAGCCAUUUGGAGAGCCACAGGUCCCCCAACCCUUGCACGAUACACACUGAAUUUGUGUAUUUGGGAAUGAGCUCUUCCUGGUGCUAAAUUCUGUGCUAUUAUCAGCUUUCAUUCAGGAACCCCUGAACCUUCUGCAAGUCAGUCGUUAACAUUGCCAGAAGUUCUGUGCAUUUUGAAGCACAGCUACCUCAGAGAACACAAGCAGAGGAAUGUGGUUUCCAGGGGAGGGGGUUUAAAGUCACUUUUAUGGCAUUUUUCAUCGCAAAUAAAACAUUUGUGUCUUUUGUAUAUACAGUAACAGAACCACGAGGCAAUGAGCAGUGUAGAAAGUCGGUUGCAAGUCCAGAUAUGCUCAAUACAUAUAUAGGAAUUUCUGCAGGAAGACCCAGGAGGCAGAGGAUUAUUUGAUGAGAAAGAAAGAAAUCGAAAGAAAAUGCUUUCUUUUAUAGGAAGGACUCUCACCCAGUAAAAGCUGUCCCCUCCACCACUUCGUCUCUCGGGCCCAAGCUUGUCAUGUAGGGAAAUUGUUCUUUAUAGCUGGCUGAGACAAGACUAAUGUUGCCUGUCAGACCACUUCUCCUUGCACUAGUUAUGCAGCAUUUAUAUAUUCUGUCCCUGUGUCUUGCAAUUACAAAAGCACAGCAACAUGAGCCUCUCUCCUGAAUCCAGUGGACUUUUCCACGGCUUUUCAAAGCCGUCAGUUUGCCGGCGGCACCAAGAUGUCAAGGAACGCCAGAGGUGUGCCCUCGGCAGGAGAAUUUUCCACUGAGCAAGGUGUGCAGUGGGAAUGAUGCAUUUGGAAGGGAUCCCAAGAGUCAUUGCGUCCUCUGUAAUACAGGAACCUAUACUGGCCAUUGGGCAGGAAGAUGUCUAGAAUAACCUCCUCUUUCAUUUGAGCCUUCCUGAAGCAGCAAGGUCUUACUGUGCCCUGGCAUGUUCCUAUGUCCUUGGUUAUCAAUUGAUCUUGACUCUGCCUCCUAGUUCACCCUAUGAUCCUCACUUGCUCUUUAGACCUGGUCACUGGUGAGUGCUGUGUUUCCUGGUUCCUGCUUCUUCUUCACCCCAGAUUGCUAUCCUUGGCCCACCCUUGGCACAGCCAAUCAGGGGCCAGGAGGUCAAGACCAGGGGUCAGCAAAACUUUUCAGCAUGGGGCCGGUCCACUGUCUCUCAGGCCUUGUGGGGGGGGGUCGGACUAUAUUUUGGGGGGCUGAACGAAUUCCUAUGCCCCACAAAUAACCCAGAGAUGCAUUUUAAAUAAAAGCACACAUUCUACCCAUGUAAAACACGCUGAUUCCCGAACCACCCGCAGGCUGGAUUUAAAAGGUGAUUGGGCCAGAUCCGGCCCCCGGGCCUUAGUUUGCCUACCCAUGGUCAAGACUCAUGACACACAACUAACAAAAGGCAAGAUACCACACUGCUGCCUGCCUGUCACUGUCAUUCAGUUUGCCUGGCAGCAUUAAAGAGCCAAUUCACAGAUUAAAGACCCAAGGCGCUGGUUUCCAAGCUUAAAAAAAAGUUGUGCAUCUUUUAUUCUCACUUAAUUGUGGAGGAAACUCAAUUUACUGAAGCAAAUAUUAUUCCACCAGAGAAGCAUUCACUUGUCACCAGGCAACCAUAAAAACAUCUUGGGUUGUAGUUGUAUUCAGAGUAAACUCAUUAACAGUCACUGCUAACUUAGACCUAUGGAUUUCUGGGGGGAAGUUAGUUGGAUGCAAUCCUUUACCAGUUAUCGUAGCUACUUUCAACUUUUCAGUGUGUUUUCUUCAUUAGGACCUACUUUUAUAUUUGCUGGAAUAUAAUUUUAAAAUAUUCUGAACGUUCUUGCCAAAGAUUUUGACUUUCCUGCUCAACUUGGAAGCGCAGCACUGAGUCAGUGAAUCCACUUUUUGAAGUUUAUUACACUGAAUUAUAGAUGCAACUUUCAUCCCAGGUAGGCAAAGUUUGAGGAGCUAUACUAAAUAAAGAAUAUUUCAUUUUGAUCAGGAAGCAAAAUAGGGCAAGCCGCUUCAGCAGCAAGGCCUCCACCGGAGUUUGAAAACCAAGCGGAUCUUUCGCUCACAGUUUCAGCUGAUUGUCUUUUCCCCCUUUUCUUUUCUGCUGCUUUGUGCUUCCUCUUGUUUGAAUCAUUGGCAGUGUCUUUUUGCCCAGGCAAGCCUGAAAAAUAUGCCACAGAGUAGGGAAAUGAAAAAUAGGUCAUAUGUCAUGUGUCUGGAAAAAAAACCCAAGUGGCAGUUGAGUUCCCUUGGGAUAUAUAAGAAAAUGAGGCUUCCCUGUACAUGCCAUCAAAAGUGAAGGGGGAAACUACCAAUAAUCGAUAUAAAUUUAUUAUUUGUCGUCAUUGAAUUUACAUCCCGCCCUUCAUCCCCAAGGAGCCCAGGGAUACAAAUACAUUCACAGCAAACUUUUUUUAAAAAAAGCUUUUAACACAUUUUGGAAAUAGUUACCGUUGGCUAUGGAACUUACCUGGCAAACCUUUGUAUCUCAUUGAGAUUAAGAAUGAUGCAGAACAGUUAGCCCAUUUUAUUGCCCUCCAAGGUGAUCAGACACAAGCCUGGCCUUAGCAUUUGCUUAUAGUUGCAAUAGUGUGGGCUUGAGUCCUGAAAGGGUUAACUAUGUUGAAGUCAGCACUUACUAUGGGAAUGCAUAGUACAGUGGUACCUCGGGUUAAGUACUUAAUUCGUUCUGGAGGUCCGUUCUUAACCUGAAACUGUUCUUAGCUUGAGGUACCACUUUAGCUAAUGAGGCCUCUUGCUGCCGCCGCCAUGCGAUUUCUCUUCUCAUCCUGAAGCAAAGUUCUUAACCCGAGGUACUAUUUCUGGGUUAGCGGAGUCUGUAACCUGAAGCGUAUGUAACCCGAGGUACCACUGUAUUUGUUUUUAAUCUUAUAUUUUAGAAAGGUACAUCCAAUUUUUUUUUCUUUAAUUUAUGGGGGGCCCUCAAGAGAGUGGGCCCCUAAGCUAUAGCUUGUUCAGCUUAUAUGUAAAUCCAGCCCUGUGUAACAUACAUGAACAUGAGCAAUACGACAGUAAGCUGACUCGGCAGGAUACAGGCUAUAAAUAUGGGCGCUGGAGACACUGUCAGGCAGAACUCAGAAUAGAUAAGGAGAUCUCAAGAGGAUGCUAUGAAUCAGUCAGCUCCCAGAAGGAUCAUUUGCUGUCAUGUCUAAGGGUUCUCUGGAAGAAGCAGUCACCUCACGCAGCAGGCUGAGGUCAGCUGGGAGGGGGAGCAGAUGCAGCUCUGAGGAGGUGUGUGCCGCUCGCUGGAUCCUGCUCUUGUAAUAACAAUAAUAGUUUAUUUAUUAUUUAUACCCCGCCCAUCUGGCCGGGUUUCCCCAGCCACUCUGGGCAGCUUCCAACAGAAUAUUAAAAUGCAAUAACCUAUUAAACAUUAGAAGCUUCCCUAAACAGUGCUGCCUUCAGAUGUCUUCUAAAAGUCUGGUAGUUGUUGUUCUUUUUGACCUCUGGUGGGAGGGCGUUCCACAGGGCGGGUGCCACUACCAAGAAGGCCCUCUGCCUGGUUCCUUGUAACUUGGCUUCUCGCAGCGAGGGAACCACCAGAAGGCCCUCGGCGCUGGACCUCAGUGUCCGGGCAGAACGAUGGAGGUGGAGAUGCGCCUUCAGGUAUACUGAACCGAGGCCAUUUAGGGCUUUAAAGUUCAGCACCAACACUUUGAAUUGUGCUCGGAAAUGUACUGGGAGCCAGUGUAGGUCUUUCAAGACCAGUGUUAUAUGGUCUCGGCAGCCGCUCCCAGUCACCAGUCUAGCUGCCACAUUCUGGAUUAGUUGUAGUUUCCGGGUCACCUUCAAAGGUAGCCCCAUGUAGAGCACAUUGCAGUUGUCCAAGCGGGAGAUAACUAGACCAUGCACCACUCUGGCAAGACAGUCUGCUGGCAGGGAGGGUCUCAGCCUGUGUACCAGAUGGAGCUGAUAAACAGCUGCCCUGGACACAGAUUUGACCUGCGCCUCCAUGGACAGCUGUGAGUCCAGAAUGACUCCCAGGCUGCGCACCUGGUCCUUCAGGGGCACAGUUACCCCAUUCAAGACCAGCUUUGCCUCUGCCGUCCUGUUCCCUCUCCAGCCUCCUUUUCUCUCCCCCACUUCUUUCAGCGCACCAGGGUUUCCCCGGCCUCCAGUUGCCUCAGGCGGAAGAGCAGGCGGAGGCAGGUUUUGCCUCAAAUGGUAAAAUGGCCUUGGCCAGCCCUGCUCCAACAGCAAAUGGAACAUAAGAUUGAAGCAGUCUGGAAUGGGUUUCAUUCGAGUUGGGUGCAAGGAUAAGUAGUUUGCUUUGUCUAGUCUAAGUAGAGAGUGUGUGUGUGUGUGUGUGUGUGUGUGUGUUAUGCAUGUCAAUGUCUAAUGCUUGCUGUGUAACCAACGAAACCCAUAGCCUUCACCCAUAAGUGUUCUUAUUGCUCUCUAAUCCAAGAGGACCGCUGCCUUUGGCAAACAAAACCUUUGGCAGAACACCAUUAAGACAUUCUGAAAAUGGUUUGAAAUAUGCUCUCAUCUGCCAGUCCCAGGGUUGCCCUGUUCUACGGCCAUGAAAUGCCUGGGUAAACUGGAAUGUUUUCAAAAAUUUCUCCUGAAAAUCAGUUAAUGAUGGAGACAGACGCACCUCACAGUGAAUAAGUCAUUGUGCUCUGAAGAAUGCUCUGCAAGCUCCUUUCCUCUUAAGUGGAGGGCACUGACAACAAUGACCAGUGCUGCACUUUUGUAAUUUUACACUCAAACGGGGGUCAUCAUCCUGGCACCCACAUGUGUCAAUAUGCCUACCAGUACCUCCUAAGUCACCCAGAAAAGGUCUCAGUAAAUAUCCCCUUGAAAAUCCACAUUAGAUUGUUUGUUGUCCCUGCUGAGUUUCUGUUUGCACUGACUUGGCCUCUCUUACAUUGAAUGCCCCCCUUUAAGCAUGCAGACGUUUCGUUGGAUGCCAGGAUUGGACACCCAUCCUCCCAUUGUGAACAGAGGAGAGGUACACAGAGAUUCUCCCUGUGAGCAAGUGGAGGUGUCCGAUUCAGGUGCCUUUUUUCCAUUGAUGGAGGGCAUGCCAGCACCAUUUUGUGAUCCUGUCAUUUUUAGAUAUGGCAGCCAUUUUGUUUUAUACCUCACACUCAUGGCAGCAAUUUUAUGAUUGUCAUCCACAGAUGCUUUCUGAAAAUUACAGAUGUGCAGACUGGCAACACCCACUCGAGACUUAAUGGUCUUUUUGUAGGGAGGGGGAGCACUAUCUCAACAUGUAAUAAGUCAGGCUUUCCCUGACCCAUAAGACUGAAACCUGUUAUUACUAGAUUUCUGUUUUUCUCUCUGCUUUUUUGCUACCGUUUUACCCUGUUAAUGUUUGUUGUUCCAUACACUGCCAAGAUAUUUAAAUGUUAAGCAGUUUGGAAAUGCUUUUAAAUAAAUAAAUUGGAGGGGAAGUCACUUUGAUGUCGGGAUGUGAACGUUCGGUUGUCUGGCAGUCAUUCUGUCUUUCUCUCACACACACAAUUAAACCAUCAGGAAAUGAAAGUGAUUCUACACACACACACACACACACCUCUUUUGUCAAACGGCGUCAUUAUGAGUGGCCUGUCUCGCUCAGUCUUCAGUAAGUGGCGUCACUAAUAAUUAAGAAGCCGUCGCAAUAAAAGCGAGCUCGUUAGGGGAGUUGACAGUGUUAUUGGGAACCUGAAGGAAAUGUGGCAUUUGGCAAAAUUGAAUUGGACGUUAGAUUGGCAGCAAGCAAAGUGUUGACUGAGAUCAGCUUUAUGGCAUAUAUGAGUCCAGUGGUGGUCUUUUUAGCUGCAAUGGCUUCAGUUCCAAGGGCCAGGCUCAGUUCAAAGAGCCUGUUACUACCUAUAAGCCCUAAAUUAGGGUUGCCAUAUUUCAAGAGGUGAAGAUCCAGACACAAAAGUUGUUGAGCUUUUUUAAGGCAAAAUUGGAGCUUUUUUAAAAAUAAUAAUUUUUAUUAGUUUUCAAUUAGAAUCCAAUAAUAGCCUCUAUAUAACAAUUUAUAAUACAAUUAAUAAUACCAAGCCUUCAAAUACUGAAUUAUAUAAUUUAGGUGGCCCUCCACAUCCUAGAAUUAAUGGUUUGAUGGUUUUCUUUAUUUCUGCAUUCCAAAAUACGGUAGUAUUCAUUUCAAUUACAUUCCAGUCAUCAUCAUAAUCUCUUAUACAACAACUGCAAUAUUAAUAACUUCACCAAAAUCUACACUGCUGACAUGGGUUGCAAUGCAUCCGGAUUUUCCCAGACAUUUCAGCAAUUUUUGUCCAGACACCAUUUCCUGGAAAAUUCCUACCUAAAUGGCAACCCUACCUAAAUCACUUGGAUUAGGCAGGACUGCCUCCCUUCAUUAAUCCCAGUCUUAAACCAAGGCUCCAUCUGCACCAUACAUUUAAAGUACAGUGGUGCCUCGCAAGAUGAAAUUAAUUCGUUCUGCGAGUUUUUUCGUCUUGCGAAUUUUUCGUCUUGCAAAGCACGGUUUCCCAUAGGAAUGCAUUGAAAAUCCAAAAGGAAACAAACUUGCAAGACGUUUUCGUCUUGGGAAGCAAGCCCAUAGGGAAAUUCGUCUUGCGAAGCAACUCAAAAAACGAAAAACUCUUUCGUCUUGCGAGUUUUUCGUCUUGCGAGGCAUUCGUCUUGCGAGGUACCACUGUACUGUUGUCCCACUUCAAAUCGUGUGGCUUCACCCAAAAAAUCCUGGGAAUUGUAAUAUGUUGAGGCUGCUGAGGCCCCUAUUCCCCUUCACAGAGUUCACUGGUUUAACCCCUCUGGGAAUUGUAGCUCUGUGAGGGGAAUAGAGGUGUCUUUUAGCAACUCUCCUACUUUUGAUUGGUGGUGGCUCUCCAGGGCAAGAAUCUGUCCCCAUCAUAGCUGUGCUCCAGAGUGUGUCCUUGGGGUUGGGGCUUUUGGUCCAAAGAGGUAAAAGCCUUUUGCUGAAACAUUUCAUCUAGAACAGGCAUAGGCAAACUCCGGCCCUCCAGAUGUUUGGGACUACAAUUCCCAUCAUCCCUGACCACUGGUCCUGUUAGCUAGGGAUGAUGGGAAUUGUAGUCCCAAACAUCUGGAGGGCCGGAGUUUGCCUAUGCCUGAUCUAGAAAGCCAGGUUCAAAGCUCAGCAUAGUCCAAGCAAGCCAAGGUCAAGCUUGGGGAGCAAGGAGGGGAACUAGAGGAAGCAGAGACCUGUUUUGUUUUUAUCAGCUGGAAGCCUCAAGAGGGAGACCUCAUAUACUGUGGCUUCCUAGCUGCGGGUAGUAAAGGAGUUCUGGGGAUUGCUUGCUCAUGAGUUGCCAGACAAUUGUAGGUCUGUACUCUUGCUAAUGAAAACCCAUUGCACAGCACAGUGGCCAAUCCGUUGUGCAACAACGUCACCCAAAUGCUUCCUAUGUAUUUUUGUUCAUUCAUUAUUAUUUUUUGUAUACCGCUUUUCCGCGCGCACACACAAUGCUCAAAGCAGAGAACAGGCCUACGUUCCAAAAAAACCGUACAAAAACCAUUCCAUAAUAACGUACCAAAACAAUAGCAGAUAUAAUAACCUGCAAAAGAAACUCAUGUCAAUACUGUGAAUAUAAGAAGAUUACUUAAGCCACAUUCAGCAUCCAAUAGCAAAAAGAACAAGGGAGCUUCGCAGUUUCACCUUGGUCCUAGAAACACCAUUCCCAUGGUGUAUGUAAAUUAUUAUGAACCAUGUUAGGAUGUAGCUCCCUGCCCAUAUCUCCCUUUUGUAGAAAAGCCACUCUGUGUAUUGUGAUUUCUGGGGCUGAGGAUGAUGAAUAGUGGCAUACAACAGCUCUCCAAUACAAGCUUCAAGAGCUAUUGCCUUAUUUGGUUUUUAUUGAUGAAAUACAAUAUUGGGGGCAGAUGUCCGCUCAUAAUUCUUGUGGAACGGCGUUCCUUUGGCACAAAACAUUUUGCAAGUGGAGCAGGUAUGCCGCUAAGAGACUUGAACUUAGUUCUAUAUUGGAUAGGACCCUCAAUAAUAACAAAAACAAGAAGAAUGACCUUGCUAAACAUCUGAUAAAGGUACCGCUGCCUUCCAGCCUCAUGGAAGAGCAUAGGAUUGAAAUCGAGGCCAGGGAAAUUUGUUACAGCCUUGCAGCCAAAAGCUUUUGUUUCGGGAGCUCAGCCUGUUUAUGAGAUGCUGCUGUUUUUUCCCCUUAAUUCCCCAUCUCGAGAUGGCAAAGCUAUUUCUAUUAAACCGAAAUCAGUUUGCAUUAGUAACAAUUAACUGUAAAAAAAAAAAGAGUGUAUUCAUGCUUAAAUUACAUGCCGUUUUUAUUGGCACUUGUAAACAAAGCCGUAAGGAUAUUGCCUAAAUUGACAUAAUGCAUAUUAUCUUGUGCAACACUUCGCUCUGAAUUAACGUAUUCUUUUCAACCUUCCUUUGGUCAACAAAUGAAAUUAAGGGAAUAAUCUUACGUGUAAAAAAUUUAAAAGGCCUUAAAGUAAAGCCCUAAAUCAGGGGUUGCCAGUUCAGCGCCUGCGGAAGCCAGCAUAAAUGCCAGUGGCACCUAUGGUGCUCUCGAAAGGUUUCAGUAAAUAUCCCCUCAGAAAUCUGCAAUACAUCAGAGACUGUUUCCUCUUCCUGCCCAGUUUCUGGUUUCACUGCAUAUUGCCUCCUUAAGUAUGACCAUAUUUCAUGCCAGGAUUGGAUGCCCACAAAGGAGACUUUGUGGGACUGAAUACAGCGGCCUUUUCCUCCAUUGAUGUGGGGCAGGCCUGUACUAUUUUGUGGUCCCAUCCCUUUUCCUGCUUUUUUAGGUGUAGCAGCCAUUCUGCCAUGUCCCCACAGCAGCUCUUUUUCGUUAGGCCACGCCCCCAGGGAAGCCAUUUUGUGACUGGCACCCACGUCACUUUCUCAGCAUUGCAAAUGUGCCCACCGACCCAGUAAGGCAUAAGUCAGCUGCCCUAAAUGGGAUUUUUUUGGGGGGGGUAUCAUAAGAUAACAUCUCAUUUGUGAAUCUGCCCGAUUAUUAAGAUUAUCUGUGGAGGCCCAUCCCUUCAGAAACUUUACAUGGAAAAGGAGGCUUUAUAGUGGUUGCUUUGAUACUGAUUUUUUUGUAAGAUCUAAACUCAAAACUUUGGAACUCCCUGACUCUUGAUAACACGCACACACCUUCACUGCACUCCUUUUGGCGCCUGCUAAAAGCAUUUUUGUUUAGACACGCCUACCUAGAUAUUUAGAAAGUUGAUGUGAGGUUAGAUCUGUUUUUAGUCUAGUGUUGUUUUAACCUUUUGAGAAAGUCUUCAAUUGUUAUUCAUUCUUCUUAUCAGUGAUUUUAUUGUUUCAUCUUUGAGUAAACUGCUUUGAUUUUUUCUCUUUACAAUAAAGCAGUGUAUAUAUUUUUUUAAUGAGAUAAAUAAGUAAAUAAAUAAAUAAAUACAACUUCUUAUAUUUUACUUAAUAUUUUUUCUUGUGCUUCCCUCUAUAAUUGAUGUUUCGAAUUCUGUUGGUUCAUUGUUGUUGUUGUUUACUGGGUUUUUUCUUCCCCCUUUUAAACAGGUGUCAAAGCAGUGUUUUCCGGGCACUACCACCGAAAUGCUGGCGGCUCCUACAAAAAUAUUGAAAUGGUUAUUUCGUCUGCCAUAGGGUGCCAGCUAGGAGAAGACACCCAUGGGCUAAGGGUGGUGGCUGUCACCCCCGCGAAGAUUGUUCACAAAUACUACAGUUUGAAUGAACUGAGCAAUCGAGAGGUCGAGAAAGACAUCGCGGCUUUGCUUAACCAAAACUAGCCAUUUCUUUCCUCUGCCACAAUAAUUGGGGGGUGGCCCUCUCCAGCCCAGGGCGAGGUAUCAGAACUGUGCAUUGUGUGAUUUCCUUUGUUUUUUUAAAAAAAGUUGGCCAUAGCAAAGAUUUCUCAUCAUAAUCAGAAAGCACCUGAACGUCGCAAAGUCAAACAGGCAGUCAGAGGGAUUAUAUUCACUUGUCAAGGGUGCGUAUAAAUUUAACUUGUGCUAUAAAAGUAGUGACAGCGCUAUUGAUUUUGUAAUUAAGGAGAUAUUCUGAGAAUGCACUGUUCUUAGAAUAAACCACUUUUAUAGCAGCGCUUAAAUGCACUCGCGAACAAACACAUGGCACAACCGUCUACAUGACAGCCCAAUAAACAACAGGAGGCUGCAGGGAACCCAAAUGCCACGUUAAUGGAAGAAUGAAAGGGGUUUGCCCUCAGUUCAAAGCAAAUACUAGGUACACGUAUGCAAUUACAGGGCAGCUGUAAGAAGCUGGGAAAUAUUCUAUACCUGUUUCUAAUAAGGAAAGACACCUCUGACAUGUGCAAUUUGCCACAGGUCUAUCAUGCCUCACAGAGGCUCCAUCUCUCCUAUACGUUUAUAGCAGCAUCGGGCCACUUAGCAGUCAUGGCUUGCCCCAAAGAAUCCUGGGAGCUGUAGUUUGUUCAGGGUGCUGGGAGUUGUCAGGAGACACCCCCCCAAUUCCUCUAACAGAGCUACGGUUCCCAGAGUUCCCUGGGAAGAGGGAUUGGUUGUUAAACCACUCUGAGAAUUGUAUCUCCCUGCUAGGGAGGGGGUGUCUCCUCUAAGCACCCUUAACAAACUACAGUUCCCAGGAAUCUUUGGGGGGAGCCAUGACUGUUUAAAGUGGAACGGAGAGCAAGGUUGUCUCCAGGUGUGGAGGGGUUCCUGGCCUAGUGCCCUUGGGUGGCUUUCUUUGACAUCAGUGGGCUCCCCCUGGAAGUUAUAGCAGCAGUGACUUCCCACGCUUCACCAGUGUACCAUCACAGCAGUGGAUUGUGGGCAAUAUAAAAUGGUGGCUUGCCCAGGUGAGUUGCACCUGGGUGCCCUGUUCUGACCCCCAGGACCUUACGAGAGAGGGCAUUUCCUGGAUCUGGGGAAUCACGUCUCAAGAGACAACGCUCCACAGCCUUCCAUUUUAAAUGCUCACUUUAUGGCAUUUUUGCGUUGAUCGCUUGAGUAGGCCCUGCACGUGUGUGCAGUGCUCAACUGUAGGCACGAUUUGACACUGAUUCACCACCCAUGAAUCAGUCCUCUGAAAGGAAAUCAUUUAGAGCUUGCCAUUUCCACCUCACUACAAACAAACCUAAAUCAGCCGUGAGCUAAUUUAACUGUUUGCAGCUUCAGCCAAGAAAUUCCGGGAAUUUUCGUUUGGUGAGAGUACUUAGAAUUCCAUUAGAGAGCCCUAAGUCAUUUUCAGAAAUACAAUUCAUGGCGCUCUGCCCUUUAAACCAAUGGAACAAUCAGUUUAAACCAUUUUUUAUUUUUAUUUUUUGCUGGUUUCUCCUCCUCUUACACAUUUUGAUUUCUUAAAAGAAUGAAAUUGAACUCACACUCUGUGCUGGGGGCGGGGGAGUAUUUACUCAAUGAAGUAAUGGGGUUAAUUGAGGUCUUUUGAGUCCAGGGUUAUUUGUAGAUGGCUUAAUAAUCCUACCAAACUGGUGGGUGUGGGUGGGUGGUUUUUUUCCUCCACUUUUAUGGUUUAAUAGGUUUCUCGUGUUCCUAUGUGGGACCAGUCCACAUUUUAAAGGAUGGGUAUAUUCCUUAUUAAGGAAUAUAAUGUGUUGUGUCAGCACAAACCAUGUGUCUUUUGGGGCUCCCAGGCUUUCAAAAUGUGUGUAUGUAGGGAAUUCACAGACGAACGGUAUUACAAAUUGGUGUGAAAUCACUUUUCAAUGAAUAACAAAUCACCUUCCUUUAUAACAGCCUACAUUUGGUGUGUGGUUAUAUAAGUGCGGUUAUAAACCUGGAUGAUAUGUUAUCAAGUGAAAUGGCAACAUUAAAAAAGAAGAAGACGUAUUUUUGAAAUGCAUACACAGCUACUUCAAGUGAUCAUUCCAAACUAAUUGUACCGUUUUAAAUUGAAUCCCUCAGAACACAAAUUGAAUAAAUGGAAUCACUAGCUCCGCCCAGAUGUUAAAGGCUUCCUAAAUUGAAGGGAGAGUGGGAUCUGUUCCUACAAUCCUGUCACCAAGACCAGGUGUUCUCCAUGGCGAAGAUCUGUAGAAGGGGUUCUGAAAUGCACAGGGAAGCAAUUCUCGCUGCAGACCUUAUCCACUGUGGAGCAGAGACAGAGGACUUGGGGCCUUCCAGAGCUUGUUGGACUCUUAUUCCCAUCAGCCCCAGCCAGCUUGGCCAACAGUGAGGGAUGAUGAGAGUUGGAGUACAAUGAUGCCUGGAGGGUCCAAGGUUUCCUCCAUGCUUGGUGGUCUUCAGCUGGUGGGUUGGGACUCCAUAUUGGUUUGGGUCCUGAUGGAAGGAUGGGUUGAAACAGCCGCAUGAUCAAGAUAAAAAUAGCGAUGGGGAGGAGAGAGAAUGGAGGGGAUAAAUGGUCCCCAAAUACAUAUUUGGAUUAAAAGUGUGUCCCAGGUCUGAAAAGUUUGAAGAUCACUGAUAUAGAGGGGAUUGGGAUGGGGCAGAGGGGGUGGUAUAACCCAGCAAAUCCCUCCUCUCCCCACAGAUAUUUCUAACACACAGGAGAGUUUUAGCCACUCAAAUGGGGUACUGUUUGAGCUUUCUUUUUUUUUAAUGUGAAUGAUAAGAAAUGUUCUUGUUUCUUUAGUUUCUUUCCCCUUUUCAGGGGGAUUUAGAAUGGUUAUGAUUGUUUGCCUGUUGGCCUUAAACCUGUUUGACCCCCUGAGUGGAAAACCAAUAAAAAGAAAUGAGGUGAGAAAUCUCCUGACUUUGAUCUUUUUUUAUACAGGCA